AUGCCCAAAAAGAUAGGAUUCACUGUUGUCAACUCUUCAAGUCAUGAGGACAACUUCAGUGCAAAGGAGCUCAUGGUGCAUGCACCCACAGUCAAUGGCUGGAGAUCCAGCAGGUACAUAAACACAGUGAUUCACUAAUAACCUUAAAAUCACAUUAAAUCAUGUCAUUUAUAUGUACCCUUUUCUGUGAAUAGUUAAACACUCCUAAAUGUAGUUAAUUCUAAAAAUGGAAUCAUGUGUUAAUCAAACAAUCUGCAGGCUGUGCUCCUACCCCCAGCACAUUACCCUGCAGCUGGGGGAGAGAUGUCGGGUGAGGAAGCUGCAGUUGUUAGCCCACCAGUACCUGAUCCCUGCCAAGGUGGAGUUCUACAUCGGAGACUCGCUUCUGGAAAUCACCAGUCAAGGGUUCCCAGGGCAGCUACGCAGACUAGGGUGAGACUACAGACUUGGUCAAACCCAUAUAUGACUUCAAUUCUUUUGGUUCUUCUAAAUAAAGUUCUUCUUAUUAUUAUUCUUAAGGAAAUCCUGGUUGUUGGGAGUUUGGUCAGUUUCCAGACACAUAAACAAAACCACAACUAUCUCCUUGCGAGGACACGAUUGUUAAGCCCGAACUCAUAUAGCCUUAUUCCUUUAAUUUUUUUUCAAAGUUUGUAUAUAACACCAUAUACUGGGAAUUAGACAUGUUUAAGUAAUUUUUGAUCUUCAAAGACUAUACAAUAUACCUUACAGUAACUUUUAGCUGUGUUGAUUUUUGAUUUCUUUACACAGUAAAAUAAAUUCAUUCAGAAUAUUGCACACAAAUGAAUUAAAUCUUUUUUUAGGGUAUGCGGGAAAAUGCAGGAAAUUUGGACUUUUUAUGAAUUUUUACAGAUGGGCUGAACUAAAACCCCACCGUAUUCUCUAUGCAGGUAUGUAUCUUUGUCAGACAAUGAGAAGACAGGCUUUAAAGCUCGGGAACUUAAGUCAGUCCAUGUGGAUGCCAUUGGAACAUACCUCAGGAUAACCUUCCCCAGGAACUAUGUCAGUCGUUUCAAUCCCUACAAUCAGGUAAACUUUUUAACAUUGGGAGGGCACUUAUUUCAUUACCAAGAACCAAAAAGAUGACUUAAAGCAACUUGUUAAAAUACUUUUUUUUUUUUCAUUUCAAAAGACAAGGGAGAAUGUUGCCUUCUAGAGGUAAUUAAUUUCAAAUAACUACAAUUAAGCUGUACAAAUUCUGAUUCUUCAUUUAGAAAGGAAUCAAAUCUGAUAUUUACAAUUGCUUAAGAUUUAAGUAUUGCUGUUAUUCAGUGUCAAAUAUCUGUAAUUAAGAUUGUCUAAAGGAAAGCCUAUUUGCCUUGAUGUUUGUUACACAUGCAAAUUAAUUUGUCUUGAUUUCUGUUGCUGUAAGCUCUGAACAGCUCUUAGCCUGCAAUUAACUUGGUUUCCAAUAGCAACAGAGAUUUGCUUCUCAUUAUUGUAUCUUUUUUGGGAACAAGGGAACAUUGCAGUUGGUGUAAACUGAAAUAUAAAAAAGAUAAAGUUAAAGGGAUUACAAUAUCUAUGCUGCUGAUUUUUCUCAGUUGUAGAAAAAUGUUGUCAUAUAUGACUGCUUUAUAACAUUGCCAUGUAUUUUACAAGACUAAACAGUCAACCAAAAAAUAAAAAGUCUCAUUGAAAGUGAAUGUAAUUUAAUAGCUACAGCUCUUUUUUUUCAUUAACAUAGAUCAGCAUUUUAUGAUUCUUUGACUUUAAAUCAAUAUUUUUACAUGAGCCAUACUUUGUUUGAGGUACUUCUGUCAAUCAUUCAUAACACGUGUCAAUAGUUGAAGCCACAUUUUUCUAUUCUCUGUUAUUAAAGCUGAUUUGCAUCACAGUUUAUCUUAAAGUUAACAAAUACCAUUACAAGAUAAAUGUGUGAUCUGUCUGUUUUUUAGUGCUAACUUCUAUUAUUGGUGGCACUUAGACCUCAACCCAAUUUGUUUCUGUGAGGGACUAUUGUAUAUUUGAAAGGGUCAAAUAGAUAAUGUAAUGUUCAGUCAAAAACAUAGUUUUCUGACAAAAUAGCAUGGAUAUUACUCAAACAGAUUAUAGCUGUUUUGAAAAAGAUUUGGAAUGGACAACACAAAGGAAACUGCAGAGUGCCAUGUUAAUCGGAAUGAGUCAUUGUUGGUAAUUGGCUUCUCAUUUGAGUAAUUGAUAAAUACUGAACUGGAAUCAGAUGAUACGAAGAAAACGCAUAAUAGUAAUAUUGAUUAAAAAAAAUAAAUUAAUAAUAAUAAUAAUAAUAAUAAUAAUAAUAAUAAUAAUAAUAAUAAUAAUAAUUAUUAUUAUUAUUAUUAUUAGUAUUAUCAUCAACUAGGGCUGUCAAAAGAUUUAUCUUUUGUGACUCAACGCAAGUUGACUGGACAACCAUGUGUUCAACUGCGAUUAGAAAGAUUAAUCAUUUGACAGUCCUAUUUUAACCUUUAUUUAGGCCUUGAAAUUCAUUGGGGAUUCCCUCAUUUACAAUGAUGUCAAGAUACAGAACAAUAAUAUUAAUAAAAACAACAAUAAUAAUAAAAAACUGCAAGCAAUAACCCACAAAUCAAUAUAUUUGCUUUUUUUUAAAUUUUCUUAUGCACUUAUGUUUUGCUAAAUCACCUCAUACUAUUUGUUUGAUUUCAGGUUGCUUUGGUUGCCAUUAAUGUUCUGGGAGAUUCUUUGGAUGCCAAUGCUUGUAACACAACUGUAAGUGAGCGCUAUCUUUUUUUGUUAGCAUUACUUACCUUAUAUCAUCCAACCACUAGGUAGAGCUGUUGAUCUAUAAUCGUGUGAGACAGUCCUCUGCCAUCUGUCUCUUGAGAAGUAAGUGACUGAUCAACCUGCUGACAGUCCCUGAGACAAUUUUAACUUCUGGCUUACUCAGUAAGGGAAAUGUGUAAAAUUGGGACAUUUAAGUUUUUCAUAAUGUCAUCAUACAUCUUUGAUUUAUUCUUCGUGCGACCAAAAAAAAAAGAAAAAAAAAAAAUAGUCGAUGCUUUGCAUGGAUGCUUUUGGCCCUGAAAACAAUUUCCCUUAGAAAUAGGACAAUGUAAGAAGGGUAACAGGAAAAAAAAACUAUGGUUGUAUUUUGGAUUAUGUUGUGAAGUGAAUAUUUAGAGCACAUACUACAGAGAAAUUUCAUACACAAUUUUUGAACAAUCACUAUCAAAGACUCCUUUUAAGUAUGCCUCAUGCACAUGUGUUUACCUGCAAAGAGCGUGUGCAUGUGAGAGGAUUUGUGUCAGGAAUUUAGUAUUGAGACACAAAGGGAGGACAGUAUGUAAUCACACAGGAGGCCUUCAGUUAGCAAGUGUAAUCAGAUAGCCUUGCAGAUGGACAGGUCUUGGAGGAGAGGGAGACCUUAAAACACACACACACACACACACACACACACACACACACACACACACACACACACACACACACACACACACACACACACACACACACGGAAACAUGGAAAGACAAAGACACACACUUGCACAGAUUCCGAUGAACAGGCUGUGCAUUGUUGCUCCACUAAUCCGACUCUGAGCACCUCCAUCACAGCAGUCAUCUCACCUGGAGAGUCGGCUAGAUUUUGUUCUCUCAUGUCUGUUCUGUGGGCAGUCAUGUGUUUUUCCGGUGGAGGGAUGCUGGUAGUGCAGAUGCAGGAAAAUCUUUUGAAGUUUUGUGUGAUUGUUAAUCCAAUCUAUAAAGAAAAAAAAUAAUUCCUAAGCACAUAGUUUGGGUCGCUGUUUAUCGGUCUUUUGCACUGAAGUCUAACUGAAUGUUGUCAUGGUGUCAAUGUCAUGGUAAAAAUCAAAAGGAUAUCUUGAUUAACUUUUGAUGACACUUUGAAUCUGCUGUGCCCCUUUUCAGAGUCCCUUUUUCAUGUCACCUGUCACUAGCUUUUUAAACAUAACCUUUGUUGCACGAGUGCUAUCAGAUUUAAACCAUUUUAGCUCUUUCUUUCAUUUUUUAAGUGCAGUUUCCAAGCUGCUGUCCUGGAUAGUAGCACAAUAAAUAUUUAAUACACCUAUUAAACCUGAAAUUAUGACUUGGUAUAAUAUCACAGAAAUUUGUCAUGUGUGUUAAUUUCUAAAAGGAUAUUGAUUUGUCAGUUUAGGUGUAAGGUAUGGCAGAAGUUUAGGGUCCCCUUACGCCUCAUUGGAUUACGUAUAUAACAAUACCGAGGUCCAACUAAGAACAGUAAUACAAGAGUAAACGUGUGUGUGUGUGUGUGUGUGUGUGUGUGUGUGUAUGUGUCUAAUUUGUCCAUCUGUUUACCCCCAGCCAAGCAGAGAACAGCUGAUCGAACACUACCUCAACAGUACACAGCUGGAAGUCGCUUUGGACACGACAUUCAUGGGGUGAGGCUAGGCCAUUGAACCCUGGUUUCUUUGUCUUGUGACAAUAACACUGAUCAACAAAGCAUCUUAGUCUGGAAACCAACCAAUAAGGCUUUCAAGGUCACUCUCAUUUGAUGACAAUGCAGGUGGCAGUCUGUGCAAAGAGAAAAACACAUUUUGAAAUAUAUUUUUUUUUCUAGCGACCCCCAAGGGACGUUUCACCUCAGGGUCUCACUUCUUGGGGGGUUGGUGGGUGUUAUUCCUGUUUCAUCAGGAAUUGCACAAUACUCUGUCCAUUUAACUAAUGACGAAACAUCUACUUUACACCAGUAUUAUCUCAAAUGAAUUACAAACUAAAUAUACUGUUUUUUCCAGACAUGCCUCAAAAGUGUCACAAGCUGGGACUCACAGGAAAAUGUUGAUGCCUGCAAUAUCUGUAUAUUUGUUUGAUAAGAUUAUCUUGCUUUUCUUGCACUCAGCAAAUGUGAGUCCAUCUCCCCCUUGGAUGACCUGGCCUUUGACAUGUACCAGGACCCUGAAGUUGCCCACAUCAUCCGUGUGCUGGACCGCAAAAAGCAGGACAUGGUUCAGCAAGAGAAAUAUGAGCAGGCUAAGAAUCUGAAGCAGGCGAUCGCAGACCUGCAAAAGGUAGUGUAGUUGCUGGCAAGCAGGGCGACAAGAUUAUUUUGGGGGCUUUAAGAUCCCAUCAGUUUUUUGAGUAAUUCCAUCCACACACCACUGGGCUCAGCUAGCAGAGGCGGGUGGGGCCAUGUGUCUUAUACAAUGACACUUUGGCAUGUAGACACCCCUGAUUAAAACCCCAAACUUCUGAUAGGGAGACAACCAACUCUAUCUGAGCUACAGCUGCUCUUUAUGCAUCAGAUUUAACUUGUUAAAUAUGCUUUGUCACAUGCUUAAGUUGUAUACACAACAAAAACCAGGAUGUGUUUCUGCAGAGCAUGAAAAUUCUAAGUUGGUAACUCAGUCUAAAUUAGAGUUUUAAAAGGAUUAAGUACAGUAACUGGGAUCCUAAUGUUGAUUUGCCUAUGAGUAGCUGAUAUAGAAAUAUCAGCAUCAUCAGGCUGUACAGAGUAUUAAUACUAUACCAUUAAUGAAUGAAGUUUGCAUAAUGUGUCAUGGAAUAUGCAGCAUAUUCAGGAAGAAGGACUGUGAAAAGAAAAACUUGCUGUCCCCUUACAGACAUGCCACAUGUAUAGUCACAUGAUGCCACCUUGUUCAGACUGUGAUACGAAGAACCCAUACUCCGAGCUAAGUGACCACCUCAAGUAGCCCGUACCAAAGAAAACUGUGUGUUCAUUUUUUGGACAAAUUUUGGCUUUUGUGGAGAUGACACUGCACAAAAGAAGUAAAAUGUAAAUACUGCAAAAAACAUCUUAAUUGACCAUAGGUAAUACAAUGAUCUAUUCCAACACACAAUACAAUAAUGCUCAAAAAAGAGAAAGACUAGCACCCACCAAUGAGUGCUUCUACAAAAUCUUCAAGUAGUUGUGAUAUUUAUUCGACACAACACUGGCCUAAUAAAUCUCUAAGUACCUCUGUCUGCACAAUAAAAUUCAUCCUUCUAACUAAUAGUAAAAAAAAUUCUACACUGGUGUAUUUUUACUUUUACUGGGGUAAAAAAUCUGUUUACCACCACUUUUAAAGACUUCUUUGGGGACUCAAAAUAUACUUUUUUGUUCAGUGAGGGUUUUUUUUACACAUUCACUAUUUCAACACCACAUUUUCAAUUGUCUAUUGAGGAUGUGUAAGGAUAUGGAUUAGUGGGUUUAGUGAAAACAGUUCAGGUGCCACCCAGUGCUUCUGCUAAGGAUGAUAAAUUCUCCAGCAUUGAGAGGUGUUUUACUGAUAUCCAGUUGUAAUUCACCACUGUUUGUAACAGUAGUUGUUAAACAUUGUCCAGAUUCCUGUUACUGACCUCCCUCAUAUUCGGUGUUACCAUGCUUACCAUGAAUUCUUAAUAAGCCCAGCAUCUGCGCUUUUGGUCCUUGGGAAAUGUGGGACCCAACCACAAGUCUUUCUGUAACAAGUUUACACACACAAAUACACACACUUGCACCUUGUUGGUAUAGCAUAUUGGCAUUGUGGACAGAGUAGUUGUCCAGGUCGUCAUGCUGAAAAUCCCUUGUCAUCACACCCUGAGGAUGUCAAAGGAUGGUCUGUGAUGUUACAUGAUAUGUGAAAACUCACAAUAGAGACAGGAUGGGACAGAGGAUAGACAAUAAGCUUGGUGUAUGUCUCUGCCUCACUGAGCCAAUAAGAGCCUGUAAGCCUGUCUAAUAAAUAGAAGACAGCUGAAGAGGUGCUCACCACCCGCUUUUGUAUGAGAGAGAUUUUAAACUCACAAGCAUUUGAUGAGGUGACUGCUGCUUGGCAGAUAGAUACAAAUGUUACUUGGCUUACUGGUAUACCCUUUAAUUGAAAUUAUGUCUGUUACUUACUGGAAAUUAAUGUCUCAUUUCCAGCCUGUAAAUCUGAAUGAAUCACUGCAUGGCACAGUUACUGCACCAGGGCUGUGCUAUUGUGCACCGGCUGUGUUGAGUCUAAGGGCCUGAUCUACUAAGAUCCCAAAGAGCAAGCGCUAAAUUGCGUGUGCAAACUGAAAAAUUGCACGUGCUAUUAGUGGGCGUGUUGCGAGUGAUCUACUAUCAUUGUGUGCGCAAUUGAUAACGGGAGCAAAAGUGGUGCGGACCGCCCUCUUUAAAGGGGGAUUUUGCGUGCGCUAUCGGCUAUCACUAUGGAGAGUUUGUGAGAGCCGAGUGUUUGAAACCAUGGAGUUGUAGAUAUCAUUUUGGGGAACUGCAUGAAAGGCAAGGCAAGUUUAUUUGUAUAGCACGAUUCAUACAGAUGCAAGAAGAUAUACUAGAAAUCAAAAAAGGGAUUAAAACGAUUUAAAAUCAAUAUGUUUUUUACUUCUGUUUCGCGAUUGACCUUAUUAUUUAUGAAAAUGGUCAUUUACUAGAAAAACGAAAUACACCAUAAGCUUUUGGACAAGUUUCAUGGUGAGCAUCCUUCUCUCCACAAUGACCGUGGGUAAUGCUGCUCCAGUUUGCACGUGCCUUUCAAACGUGCUAAAUAUAGACGCAAAACAGCGACCACAAUCGGUUUCCGGGUUUGAUAAAUUACUUUGCGGGUGCUAAAUCAUUGCAUUUGCAUCUGCUCCUCCCAGAAUUUUGCGCGUUCUGAUGAUCUACAUACAUUAUGUAUAUUCAUGAAGAAAAACACGCUAAAUCAAUUGCGCGCGCUGUUUUGCUCAUUUGACUGACGCAAUCCUCGGUGCACCCGGUUUGUAGAUCAAGUCUGCGUGCGCUAUCAAGUUGCACAUGUUUUUGCACACGCAAACCUUAAGUAGAUCAGGCCCUAAGUCUAGUGCUUCCUAAACCAGCACUAGAAAGGGUUAAGGAUAAUAUCUGUUAAUUAUAAAUAAUUUGUUCUGUACAACAGUACAACUGUAUGGUCAUGUUUUGAGCUCAUGAAGACAAGGUGUAACAACAAAAAGUAAAGAAGUAAUUAUGUGAUCAGAAAUGAUGUUGAAGGGCCUUUAUUAAGAAUUGAAAGUAAGUGCUUCAUAGAUCUUGGGAAUUCCUUAUUGUACAGGAAGACUGGGAUCAUGAGCCAUGGGUAGACUUUUUGCACAGCUCCUGUGCCAUGUCAACCUGUCAGACACUGAAGGCUCAACCUUCAUACUUCCAGGUGGGGGAGCGUUUGGCUCGGCAUGAUGUGGAGAAAAGGUGUGCUAUUGAAAAGGAAGACUAUGACCUAGCCAAAAAGAAAAAGGAUCUGAUGGAGGAUUACAGGAGGAGUGUCUACCAGCAGCUGGAGGUCCACAACCUGAUGGACAUGACAAUGGUUAGUCACCAGACACUUGUAGGACCGCUUAACUGUAAAAUUACAACAGUUUUUUUUUCCAUGAUGAAAAAAAAAAAUGUCUGUCUCAGACAUUGAAGUUGAAAUGACAUGUUAAAUGGUGGUUUUUUUUUUUUUAAAUCUGGACUUUUCCCUCUCAAACUAAAUUCUACUUUCUUUUUUUACUAUUUUACCAGAUUACAAGGGGCACAGAGUCAUCUCCAGCUGAGAAUUCUCCAUCUCUCCAGCCUUCUGCAGGCCACCUGUCAGUCACCACCAGGUUCCUGGAGUCUGCAGAAACAUUUAUGCAGAAAAACACAAGUACUCCUCAGAGACAACAGUUUGAUGUUGAAACUGUUGCACCCAAACCAAGCAGGCAGCCUGAAACACCAUGCACCACUGUUGUGUCACCCAGAUUAGAUGUAAGUACUGCAUCAGACUGGUCAAGAAUGCAACACAGAAAAUCUCCUACAAAGACAGACAUUUAACAAUGGUCAGUUUUGAAAGUGUAUUCUCAAUAAUAACCUAUGUACAUAAUAAUGCAUGUCUACAACAAUUAGCCUCUGUAGUUUUAGAACCUAGAGUACAUUUAUGACCAACAAGGGCUUUUAACUUACUCCUUACUAACUGAGACCAAGCCUCACUGCAGGUUUGGGUUUCAGUAUUUAAUUAAAAGCGUGCAACAGUUGGCUGACUCUGGCGGCUGCCAACCUGGCCUGAAGGCAGGGCUUUGAGCCCUGUGCACGCCAGCAGGGUGCCAGUAGGGUUUAGGUAUGGGGAAUGGUACUCAGUGCAUGGAGCUGGAGUUAGUAUUAAUGAAGCAAAAUUAUUAUCAAUAUGCUGAAUUAUUGGUCAAUUCCAUGAUCUAAUGCUAGUGACAGUGAGUGGAAAAAAGAGGGCAGAGGCAAUUCAUUUUUUCACACUUAUCUGACCCUAAAGUGUGGAUCUUUUUGAACUGCUUUGAAAAGUGGGGCUGCAAGAAAACUUAUUUGUGCUGAGAAAUAUGAAUACAGCACUGAUAAAUACAAUUCAGAUGUCUACGUUGUAAAUGGAUACAGUAUAGUUAUGUUUGGAGUAUUUGUUUAAAUUCUAAUCUUGUUUUCAUGCUUACAGGUCAUUAGUGUGCCUUAUGACGAAAGGCCUCUGCCUGCCCUACAAAGGAAAGACCGGCCUGAAGAGGUCAUCCCGAGUUCUGUUGAGCAGAACUCUCCCCACUCUGAUGCCCUAACAACUCCAUGCAGCCCUGAAAUAAGCAGAGAGCCUGAGCCACUGACAGAGAAGGCUCAGAGAGAGGCUGGCCUUCCUAUAGAGGUCUUUGGAGAAAGCCUGGUAAGAGAAAAUGGAGAAAUAAGGAGAAUUACUAAACAGAUGCUAUAACUUUCCUCUGAUUUUUUCUUUUCCCAUAAAUUAGAAUUACAAAUAUUUUUGUAAACCCAUUAUUUGGGCAGAACUUUUUUUCUGUAGAAGCUUUAUUUUUAUUUGUGUAUGUCAGCAGUUCUGCAUCUCUCAAAAGUUGUCAGUGUACCAUGAUUUGACCAACAAAGAGAGCUAGAAUUGUCAUUAGAGUCUCACAUGCCAAUACUUGGAAUAUGUAGUUUCUUUUCUUCUCAGUUUUGUUCUCUUUUGUUUUAGAAAAAAUGUUUCUGUCUCUUUAAUCUGUGGCCAGUCUUGCAGACGGUUCUCAGCUUUAUCUUGUCUACUGUGCAGCAUUUGGCAGGUGUUAUGCAGUUUAAUCAGUUUUAAAAGUAUUCAGUUAACCUUUCUUGGAGCUGAUAGAAGCUGCAGAGAUACGUUGUUUCUAUCAGUUUCACUGUGGUUGACAAUUUCCCAACCCUCAUUUUCAAAAAGUGUUAAUUUGACCAACAACUGUUUCCCUGGUAUUAUUUUGUUGUAUAAAAUACAUUACACAACAUAAAUUAAAAUCUUUUUGCACAGAUCUGUACCAAAGUACCUGAUAUUCACUUGUGACGUCUGUCUUUGAGCUUGGCAGAUCUUAACCUCUAUUUUCCCCACAGGUUGCUGGGACUUAUUCAAAAACCUGGUCAUGCAGGGAGGAGGCUCUCUUGGCUGUGUACAAGAAGCUACUGGAGCUAUCACCCUCCAACCCUAGAGAGGAGCAGAGGAACAUGAUAAGAGCUGCAACAUUCCUUGUCAAAAAAACACUCCUUGAUCAAGUGUCCUCUGUAAGUCAUUAAUUCAAAAGAGAAUUUUGUUGAUGUUGGUACUUGGGCAGGUUGCACUCUAGUGUUAACCAUGUUACUUUUAACCCCUGUACACAGGCUGUUGUAGGCAAGAGUAUUACACCUGUAUUACACCCUGAUGUUUUAUAAAAAAUACAUAGAGUUAUAACAAGAGGGCAGGGUGAUUCUGCUUAUAAGCAGGCAGUAUUGUUUCACAUGGGGCCAAAUUGACCUCCUUGAAAGAGGAUGAGCCUGUAGUACAGAGGGUACAAGAUAUUUUGCAUGUGCUGAUCAAUGAUUGCUAUUAUUGUUAAACACAGAAACGGGGACCUAUUUAAAAACCAUGAACUCUGUUGGAAUAAUAAGCAAGUGAACACAAUCUGCAGCAAGGAAAGCAGCCCUAAGAAAGCGUUUUGUAUAUGUUUACUUUGCUUCCAUUGAAUGUGUCUUUAAAUCACAUUUGCUGUAUUCCUGUUAAAACCAGAACUAGCAUUCCUGUUGUAAAACCACAGGCACACACUAACAUAUGUGUACUGCUCACAGUAAUCCCCCUGUAUGAUAUGCAACCCUAGGCCUCUCUCCAAGAACAGGCUGCUUUAAAUCAACAGAUUUGACAAGGAUUGCCUUGUGACCCUCUUUGCAAGCUGCAUGUGACCUGUGUUGUAAAGUGUCUUCCGCAAUACUUUUAAUGACUUAUUUUCGUUGCUACAUUAAUAAACUGACUGUGCUGUUUAAUGCUAAUAUGGUCAUUUUCUCAACAGUCAUGCUAUUACAUUCUAGAGCUGACAACAGCCCAGGGUGUUUGUCUGUCUAUUUAGUCAAAAAACUACCCAGUAAACACAAAUGAGAAAUAUAAAAUGAUAAUGUAGUAAUGAUUGAAUUGACCUAUAAAACAGGUUUGUUUAAAUUUUUCACUGUCCAGUGGGCAUGUCUGGUUGGAUAUUGUGCUUAUUUGAAAAGUUUUAUAACUUAUCUGCCUCUUUUUGUGACAAAAGUAUGCCACUCUCCAUCUACAUCAAACUAAUCCAAAGUAAAUAGUGCCUAGUCCAACCUCUCUGCCUAUUGACAUCACCCUUGUGCUAAUGGAAUUCCAGUAAGUUUGGAACCAUAGACUGUAUGUACUAUGGACAACUUGGUUCCACCUACCGCCUGUAUACGGAUUUGAAGCCAAAAAGCUCACGGUAUUUCCGGGAUUUAUCUCCAUUUUCUGAAACCAGCGCUGCGCUGUAGCGAUGCGCGUAUUCGGCCGUGCAGUUGCUGAGAGUCGCUGUGAUGACGCUCGGCUCAAACAGCGUAUCCCCCGGGAGAGCUACUCAAUCCCUGAACGCCAAUAGGCUGUAUCAGGUGUCAAUCAUAGAAAACAUGAACCCCCUAGUAACUUUUAAAAACAGAGCCGUACAGAAAAAAGAGGACUUGAGCACAAACCAGUCUUGCUGCAAUUACAUGUCAACAUCGCAAGCAGGGGGGAAAAAAUUUUUUGUUCUGUGUAAUAAAUUUCUAAAGUUUGUCCACAGCCCCAUAAGCUUUGCUGGCAGAGGCGGGAUUUAUGACCUAUACUGCAGCCCACCAUCAGAGGGUGCUGUUCUCGGAGUGGCUUCACCCAGAGAGGAGGCAGACUCUGUCCAUCUUAUAUACAGCCUAUGUUUGGAACUUAAAUGCUCAUGCUCUCUGCCUUCAGGUUUUCCAUGGCUCAUUGAAGCUGCUGCGGCUACUCCUUAGUCAGCUGAUCCCAGGUCUUGGGUUCGGCAAGACUGAGGUGAAUCACUGCUUGGAGCAGACUUGGCCUAGUCUGCUAGUUAGGACUGGAGACUCAGCCAGCCGACUAAGGACCACAGCCAAUACCUUCAUACAGGUAUUAUGACACAAUACACGUCUGUUUGGCACUGCUAUUACUCAAUUUCCACCAAUCUGUGGCUUGUGGUGUAUUUUGUGGACCCAGAAGCUGACACAGAGACAGAAAGCAAGUUAAACGAUGAAGUUUUAAUGUCCAACUCAGGGAAAAAGGCAUGAGAGAAAGUCCGGUUUGCGGACUGGCUGUUGUGUGGGCUGGAGACACUUUGGAGAAGCAGAGGAGAUAGAAGUUAGAAGACAUACAAAGAAUCACAGGGAGCAAAAAGUCACAAGCACUUAUCCGAGGAGAAGGCCAGGAGAAGCGUCAGUACCACUCAGGAGUGAAGACAAUACUCAGGCACUGAGACUGAUGGCUGCUGGCUUCUUCAAGAGCCUUGAUUGCCAAUGCAUCGCAGGUGUGGAGUCUUUCUCAGCGACCGGGGGAGGGGAGAGUGCUCUGAAAACAGUCAAGCCAGACCAGGGAAACAAGGAAAACAGGAAAUUAAAUCAAAAUAAAACAGGAAAUGGAGGCAUCUCACCACAGUACCCCACUCUCAAUGAACGCCUCUUGGUGUUUUGCUGGGUUUGUCGGGGUGAGCGGCGUAGAAGUCGUCAAGGAGUUGAUGGUCCAGGAUGAGGGAGCGGGAGAUCCAGGACCGCUCCUCUGGACCGUAACCCUCCCAAACCAUGAGGUAUUGGAAGCCUCGUCCCCGAGGCUGCACGUCUAGGAUUUGUCCCACAGUGAAGGCAGGGUGGUUGUCAAUCAUCUGGGGAGGUGGAGGGGCGAGGGAAGGAGGGCUCAGGGUGCAUGAGGUGACAGGCUUAAUCAGAGAGUCGUGAAACGUGGGGUGAAUUUUGAGGGAUGAGGGAAGUUUGAGUCUUACCGCCUAGGGUUAAUAAUCUUCUGGAUCGGGAAGGGACCAAUGAAGCUGGGAGACAGCUUGCGGGACUCGGUCUGCAGGGGAAGGUCAUGGGACGAUAACCAGACCAUCUCACCAGGAGGAAAAACAGAAAAGGAAAAAAAGAAAACAGCCUUCAAAAGUGCAUUAAAAAGGAACGAAACAAUGCUACAUGCAUCUAUCAUCUGUCCAGAGUGAAGAUGUUCUCGACUUUACAAGGACACGCUGGGAAACUUACAGAACUAGUAUUAGAAAGUGGCUUUCUCUACAGGGUGAGACAAACGACCUUGCAGAAACUUAUAAACAUUGCGUUGAUAUCAACUUUGACAAUGUUCCUGAUGACGCUGGGUUUCACAUGACAUGCUACCAGUGAUUAAUUUGAAAAAGGCAUUUGAGAAACAAGAACGUGAUGCAGCCGCGGGUCAGUCAAACCCCUCAGCCAGCAUAGCUGAUGCAUCCACGUCCACGGCAUCUGAAACUCCGCGCAAGAAACUUAGGCGAGGUCAUAGGCUGUAUUGGGACAAAGGAAAAAGUGCCUCGAAAGUGAAUUUCGUUGAAUUACGCUGGUGCUACUUGUUCAAUGCAUUUUUGCAUAGACAAUACCCUUCUGGACUUUGAGUUAAAAUAUCUACUCAGACUAUCUGUCCGACUUUUGUCACCAGCCAGAAAUGUACAUAUAUGUGAGUAACCCAAAAAACGACUAUAUGGUGCUGCUGUUUUUGCUUGUAGAAACCGCUGAAUGUUGAUUCUGGCAGGACAAAAUCUUUCUCAAAUGUCAUAAAUACAUCUACCUAACAUCUGAAACAGUUAUUGGUGCCUUAGUAUACGAAUAAGUGAAUUCAGAUUAUGAAAUGUAGCAAAUUUCUUGAAGAAAACGUCUCAACUCAAGUGAUUUGCACCCAGCACAAUGAAACAUGUACAGUAAAUCUGGCUAAAAGCUUAUGUUUCAUACAUAAAAAUGACACAACCUACUGUGUAAUAAAAGCAAUAAAAUAUUAACAGCACAUCAUGGCCAUAAAUGGCUGAAAGUCAAUCAAAUUGCUACCAUGCCCCCCAAAACUGGAAUAAUGGAAAAAAUGUAACAAGACAAAAAUGCACAAAAGGUCUGAAUUAAUUCAAAAUAUGGUAUAAAACAUUUAUUCAAGUAUCACAGUGUCAAAACAUCUGACAUUUAUCAGUCCCUCCAGAGUAUGAAAAUAAAUAUCAAAACACAAAGGCAGACAAAUGUAGAACAGAGAUAAAAAAUAAUAAAAAUCUCAACUCUCGCGGUAGCAAUCCUUUAAACAAAACAAAUUGUACAUGGUGACAUGGUGCGUAUAUUACGCAUCACUUUCAUCAGAGUCAUCAUCCCAUACAGCUCUUUUUGUUAUUGUUAUUGUUAUACUUAUUGUUAUUCCUUUCGGCCAUUUUUUUUAUUAUUAAGUGGCAAUGCUGGUUAAGCAUUUCCACUUAUUGUUAUUCUCCUGUUUCUUUAUUAUUAUUAUUAUUAUUACGUACCUUUUUUGCAACUUUUCGACUCCUUCAUACUUUGUGCUAUUUCAACCAUUCUACUUUUAACCUAUUCCUCUCCUUCAGGACAAGUGCAGAUGUAUUUUUCACUUUUCUACCCUUUAUACUUUUUUAAAUUUUUUACUUUUUGUGCAAAAUUUUUCCCUUUGAAAUGAAUGGGCAAAUCUUCAAAUUCUACCUUUUACACCUCCACCUUCUCAGCCUUAUAACUUCAGCAUACUUUCACCUACAGACAUCAUUUUUGCUUUAAAAUGUUCACAAUCGUCUCCUCCAAAUAUGUUGUAUGACUUUUUUGUGCUAUCUCUUACAGUUUUUCCACAAUUAGCUUUAUGCACCUAAUGAUUUUCAGCAAAUUUUCAGACUUUAUAAUGGGUGUGUAUUGGAGAAGCUACAGUGGGUGAUGUCAUAGCUAGAGUGGAGAAGACUUUUUCGAUCGACAAAACCUAGCUCGAAUAUAUCGCUUCCACACCCACAAAUUUCACUCCACAGCCAUAAAAAAAUACAUCAAAAUGGAGGAAAAUAAGUCCUGCUUCUCACAAAAGAGCUUUCAAAUCAUUAAAUUGUACCCCUUGGCCAGCAGGUGACCAACUGUCCAAAAAGGCAGAGAUUCCUCCCAUUGACCCCAAUGUAAUUUUUCUCUCAGAAAAUCCUGAUCAUCACUCAGGCUGAGACCCGUUUAACUCGCUGUUGUGGCCACCUUUUUUAGAUUACAGACAUGAAAAACACAUCAUUGUGUUCAUGAGGGGCGGAGGAUUCAUACAAUGUUCUUAUUUUUAUUCUGGGAUUUAAGGAAAUUGUGCUAUGUUAAGAAGUUCAGAGGCCCUAAAUUCACUGCAGUUAGGCAGCUUCUCAUUCAAACAGUAAGUCAGUUAAUGCCUUUGAUGUCUGACACCUGUUAAGAUGCAUUAAUAAACACACACACACACACACGCACACACACACAGACACAUACACGCACACACACUCUGACAAUGUGUGUGCAUUAGUCUCUCUCAAUCUAUGAGACCUACAGGUACACACAGUAACUAUGUGUGUGCGUUAGUCUCUUUCUCUGUCUAUCAGACCUACAUACACACACUAUGACCAUGUGUGUCUGCUUCACCACCUAUCUCCACCCACAAACUUUGAGCUACAGAAACCAUUCGGGGCUCCAAAAAUUCAGCUCAUUGAGGACAUUAUGGGGUGCAUUUAGGAUUUUGUUAAUUAAUUGUAUCAGUAUGUUUAGCAGAGUCGUGGGGUUCUCACAAGUUUCUUAUCAUGAAUGUAGCCAUUACAGAGAAUGAGCAUCAGGGCAUAGUUUUGGAUUUUGUUUCUCAGCUUCAAGCCUUCUUUCUUCUGCUGUAGUGAUGCAUCUACCGUCCCCAUGGCAACCAAUUAGUGCACCUGGAGACACACAGCUGACUGGAAAGCUGCUUCUAACGGCCAUAUGAGACACAUGAAGCCAGGCUCAGUACACAGAGCACUCGGGGUUACAUUUAAAACCCUUCACCAGAGCACUAGAAAAACUCUGGCCCCUAUCUCCUACCACAAACUUUGACCUACAGAAACCAUUCAGGGCUCCAAAAAUGUAUUCAGGAUUUUUAUUUAACCAGCCCUUUAACCAAUUUUACAUUUAAACCUUCUUCUAUUUUUAUUAGCAGUUUUGCAUUGCUUUUUCAGCUUUCAGCACUCAGCAUUUCCACGCAUUUUCUGCAAGGAAAUGCAAUUUUACUAGUAUUUUAUUGCUUUUAUUACACAGUAGGUUGUGUCAUUUUUAUGUAUGACACAUAGAAUAGAAUAGAAUAUUCCUUUAUUGAUCCCCCAUGGGGGAAAUUUUUUUGUCACAGCAGCAUCACAGACAAAGAGUGCAAAAAUGCAGUUAUAAAAAUAAAGAUCGUAAUAUUAAGAACUUAAAUUAAUGUAAUAAUUAAGAAAAAAUUUUAGGAAAAGGAAAAAGGGAGAGGGAAAUUAAACUAUAUACAAUAUACACAAUUUAAAUGCCAGAAAAAAAGUGGUGGUGUGAGUCCAGUUUUAUUACAGUUCGUUGUAAAGGCUUAUUGCAGAAGGGAGGAAUGAACUGCGGUAGCGCUCCGUCUUGCAAGGUGGGAGUCUCAGUCUGCUGCUGAAGGAGCUGCUUAAAGCCCCCACAGUCUGGUGCAGUGGGUGAGAGGGAUUGUCCAUGAUGGAUACAAGCUUUGCUAACAUCCUCCUCUCACCCACCUCCUCCAGGGAGUCCAAAGAGCAGUCCAAGAACUGGCCCUCCUGACCAGUCUGUUCAGUCUCUUCCUGUCCCUCUCGGUGCUCCCUGCCCCCCAGCAGACCACCGCAUAGAAAAGUGCAGAUGCUACCACAGAGUCGUAGAAAGUCCUGAGCAGAGUCCUGCACACUCCAAAGGACCUCAGUCUCCUCAGUAGGUGGAGACGCCCUUCUUGUACAGGACGUCUGUGUUGGUUGACCAGUCCAGUUUAUUGUUGAGGUGGACUCCACCAUCUGGAUGUCCAGACCCUGGAUGUUCACUGGAACAGUCUAAGGUGUCCUCCUCCCGCGGAAAUCCACAACCAUCUCAUUUGUCUUACUGGCGUUGAGCUGGAGGUGGUUUGUGCCAUACCAGUUGACAAAGUCAGUGAUGACAGUCCUGUAUUCCCGCUCAUCCCCUGAUGAUACACAUCCGACUAUGGCUGUGUCAUCAGAGAACUUCUGGAGGUGACAGCUCCCAGAGUUGUAGCUGAAUUCCAAGGUUUACAGGGUGAAGAGGAAGGGGGAGAGCACUGUCCCCUGUGGAGCCCCCGUGCUGCAGACCACCAUGUCCGACACACAAUCAAUCAAUCAAUCAAUCAAUCAAUCAACUUUAUUUCUAUAGCACAUUUAAAAUAACCACAAGGGUAGCCAAAGUGCUGUACAAUGACACAUAAAAACAAAUAACACAAAGAACAAGAUAAGGCGAGCAGAAAUACAUUAAUGCAAGGGGAUAAAUGAGUAAAUAAAUAAGGAGGCUCACAGCAAGUGCUAAAAUGAUAAAAAACAAAAUAACACUAAAAAGUAUCAAAAGCCAAGGAGUAAAAGUGUGUUUUUAAAAGGGAUUUAAAAACAGGAAAUGAGGAGGCCUGUCUGAUUUUCAAGGGCAACUCAUUCCAGAGCUUCGGGGCAGCAGCAGCAAACGCUCUGUCCUCUCUGAGCUUCAGCCUUGUAUUCGGGACCGUCACAGGGUUUUUCCUGGCUCAAAUUGAGGCAGAGGUGGCACCAUCCUGACCAUGCGCCAUGACGUGCAUGUAUUUGUAAAUUCAACUGACUCACUUUCUUUUACAGGCAACAUACUUUAAGUUAAGAGUUCAAAAAAGAGUGUGACCAUUAUCAUGUUAAAGCAUUCAUUUAUUAAAACUAUAUACAUACUCAAAUCAGCUGGCAACUUUAAAUUGAAAGUACACUUCAUCCACACAUCUCGCAACCAGACAGAACAUUUCAGCCUCCUCUUUUUCAUUCUGUAGAACCUCCUCAUGCACUCCUUGUAGUCCAAGGCCUCCUGGUCUGGUCCAUCAACGGCCACCUUACAACAGACAUCCAAGUGCCUCUCCUUCAGUCUGUUCCGCAGAGGUGUCUUCACCUUAAACAAAACAAUUCAUCAUGCAUUAAGUAUUUUUGUUUUUAUUCUGAUACAGACAUGAAGAGUGAUAGUGUUUUCAAUCAUAUAUUAUAUAUAUAUGUAUACGCUGCAGUGUCCUCCCAAAAAAGAACAACAACCAAUUAUUUCUUAAACUAUCUAAACUAUGUUAUUUUAGUUUUUGUAACUUUAUUAGUUGAGUGUUUUUAGGUACUACCAUCUUUAAUAUAUUUCUCCUUCUCUUCUGCUGCUUUGUGAAUGGCUGUCACCUCAUGUCUUUUUAAUGUGUCCAGCCUGUAGUUGGUUGAUGGCUGUCUUACUAAGGAGGCAGCAAUUGCCUGCUGUGUUGGGGCACAGUGCUUUUGGCAUAUAUAGCAGUGCAUGCCUUCCUCAGUAUGCCUGAGCCAGGUAAAUUGAUUGAGCCACUGCUUGUCAAAGCCACUGGCUCUGUGUUUUUGAGAAGAUCUAGAAAGAGGAAUAAAAACCACGUACACGUUGGUUUUGCGUUGUUAUGCUCCUAAUUGGAAACUAAUUAAUUAAUUACCCUCGCCUCGCCGACUCGUCCUGUCCUGCAUUCUGACCCUCGCGAUCACCAGUCCCUUGUGAAGUACUUUCAGACCUGACACAAAUUUCCACGUUGUCUCCACCAUGAAUUAUAGCAUUUUAACUGCCUGUUACGUUUUUUCUCUGCUGUGUUUCACCUGGACUCUUGACUUUCCUCCUCGCGAGGUCGCUUUUUAAAGUACUGGCUGAUUUUGCCUGUCAUAACUAAAAGGCUAAAAAACGGAGGAAACUUUUUGUUUUAAUAAACACGACAUGCUUGGAUGCAAAAAAGACAAGCAGUAUUUACCUGUUUGUACCAUCCGCCAGGGAAAAUCAGGACGCCGAUAGCACCAACUAGCGGGAAAAAAACUUGAAAAAACAUGAUUCGAUCCGUUUCUUCUUCGGUAGAUGCUUCAGGUCUUUCCGGUGCACUGCUGUUGAUAUAGCGCCUUGACAGUGGCGCAACGCUGCAACUGCAGUUAGAAUACGUUGCUGCUGCAGAGGGACAUCAAUCGCUCAAUCAACACAGCUGGAGCUUUACGCUGUGUUGAGCGAAAUCAAUCGCUCUGGCUGGGGGCGGCACAAAAUUAGGUGGAGGCGGCCGCCACGCAAUUUUGAACGCAGGAAAAACCCUGCCGUCAGUAGCAGCUGAUCGGCUGAUCUUAGGGGUCGGGGUGGGCAAUAAGGCUGGAGCAUCUCAGAAAUGUAAGGUGGAGCAAGAUUGUUCAGGCUUUUAAAAACAAAUAUUAAAAGCUUAAAAUUAAUUCUGUGCUGUACAGGGAGCCAGUGUAAGGAUGCCAGGAUGGGGGUGAUGUGCUCACGCUUGCGGGUCUGGGUGAGGAGACGUGCAGCAGAGUUCUGCACAAGCUGCAGGCGGGGAAGGGAAGCCUGGCUAAUCCCUACAUACAGAGAGUUACAGUAAUCGAGACGGGUAGUGAUGAAAGCAUGCAUUAAUUUUUCCAGGUCAGGUCUUGAUAAAAUGGGCUUCACCUUCGCUAUUUGGCGUAGCUGAUAAAAACUUUUUUGUACCACCCCGCUGAUCUGCUUCUCAAAUUUAAAAUCAGGGUCAAACUUAACUCCCAGAUUAGUGAUGACAUCCUUCAGAUAGGGUGAGAGGGAGCCUAGGUUGAUGUUGGGGGGGUGGCCGCCACUUGGUCCAAACAACAUUACUUCAGUCUUGUUCUCAUUAAGGCUGAGGAAGUUAAAAGAAAGCCAGGCUUUAAUGUCCUUAAGGCAGUCAGUGAGUUGUUGGACUGAGUCGGAGUUGUUCUGUGCCAGUGGAAAAUAGAUCUGGCAAUCAUCGGCAUAAAAAUGAAAGGAGAUGCCAUGUUUCCUAAAAACAGAACCAAGAGGGAGUAGAUAAAAGGCAAAUAAAAGAGGGCCGAGGAUUGAGCCCUGGGGGACCCCAUGUGGAAGAGGAGCUGUUGAUGACACAGAGUUGUCAAGUUGAACACAGAAACUUCUGUCCGUUAAGUACGACCGGAACCAGUCCAGGGCGACACCCUUAAUGCCCACACAGUGCUCCAGGCGAGAGAUUAAAAUGCUGUGGUCAACAGUGUCAAAUGCAGCAGACAGAUCUAGGAGCACUAGGACAACAAACUUUCCUGGGGUGUGCUGUCUUGGGGACAGGAAUCACACAGGCAGGGUUCAACAGUUCUGGGACCCUAUCCAGACUCAGGCUCAAGCUGAAGAUGUGCAGUAGCACCUCACAGAGCUGGUCUGCACAGUCCUUUAGGAGUCUGGAGCUGAUGCCGUCAGGACUUGUGGCUUUCCUUGGCUUCAUCUUCCUCAGCUCACUUCUCACCUGGGGCCUAAUUUAUAAAACCUGGCGUAGGAUCCAUACUAAAAGUGUACGUAAGUCGAAAAGCUGAAAAGUGCGUAGGCCAAAAAAAAUUCUGAUUUAUAAAACCCUGCCUAUGCACAACUGCAGGCACUUUCCCUUUAUAAAUCACAGACCAGCCGGAAAGUUGCGCAGCAGGGAUUUGAUUCAUGCCCUGCCCUCUCCACACCCAAAAUUCACCAUGUAUGGUCAUGCAAAUUACCUCAUGAAUGUGAUUUGCAUAUAAAUAAGCCUGAUGGAUCCACGGCAUUUCACGCUUAAUCAUGGCAUCAGCAAGUCGUAGAAAAAGAAACUUUUCAGAGACCGAGGUGGAGGUUCUUGUAAAUGAGGUGGCGGCGAGACGGGAGACCUUAUUCGGCGGCAAUUCGAGUGGCAUCACCAAUAAAAGAAAAGCCACCGAAUGGCACGCCGUUGCCGUGGCUGUAAGUGCGGCUGGCACUGAGCGCAGCGUUGCCGAAACCAAGAAGAAGUGGUCUGAUCUAAAGGUGGAGGCAAAGAAAAACGUGGCUUUGCACCUUCGGAGCGUGGCGGCGACAGGUGAGGAUCAGAAAACACAAGCACAUGUGACACUCAUGCAUGUGUUCCAAAAAAAAAACUGCUCCGUUAUCCACCGCUGCUUAUGUGGUGAAAGUUCGUAAACCAAAAAGAUUUAGUCAUAUUAAUCUUAAAACAAAUGCAUGUAAAUGGAAUUUCUUUUUUUUGCACAUUUGUAAAUUCAAAUUGGCAAACCUUCUACACCGCCACAGUGGGGUCUGUGCUUUCUGCGAGCAUCACUGCCUGGUACGGCAGCUGCAGCUCUCAGGACAGAAAGGACAUGCAUCGAGUCAUCUGUUGUGCUGAACGCAUCACCUGUACUGCAAUGCCCGGCCUCCAGGACAUCUACACCCAGCGGAGCAGUUCCAGGGCAAGACGGAUUAUCAAACACUCACCAUCCCAACCACAGACUGUUUGAGUGGCUGCCCUCAGGUGGAGGCUUCGCUCCAUCAGAGCCAGGACAAAGAUGCUGAAAAGGAGCUUCUACCCCCAGGCCACUCGGAUCCUGAACUCCUCAUAACACACGCCCCAUAACUGACUUCACAACACCCUCUGAGCAGACUUUGCAUUAUUGUUAUUCAGUUUUUUUUGGCACAAUCGCAGGACGACACUUUCAUUUCACUGCCACUGUACCUGUACAUUUAGGUAUGUGACAAAUAAAACUUGAAACUUGUGCUGCAUUGCGCACGACUGUCACUGUAUGGCUGUUUAUACGUGCGCUUUCCAUCGACCAAUUGUUCUCACCUUGCUCCGAUUGUCUCCAAAAAGUGCGUAAGCAAGGUGUGGAGUUUGCUUAAAGUUGCGCACAUUCCUACACUAGGUUUUUUUAUAAAUCCCAACUCUUACGUAAGAAGUGGCGUAAGCACUUUCAAGCCAGGUUUUGUGCGUAAGCAAGCUUUAUAAAUGAGGCCCCUGGUCAGCUGUUAUGGAGAGGCUGGGGGUGGUGCUGGAGGGGGGUUGAUGAUGCCGGUGCCAUGGAACAGAGGUGGUGUGAAGAAGAAGCAGCAGACGGGUCGUUGGUUUGAUGAGUAGGGGGAGGAGUGGGAGCAGAGUCAAAUCUAUUGAAGAACAGAUUCGGCUCGUUGGCCCACUCCCUGUCUCCUGCUUCAGGUCCCCUCUCGUGGCCCCUGCUGUGACCUGAGAUGGAUUUCAGGCCUCUCCAGACCUCCCUCGCGUUGUUGUGUUGCAGAAGGUUUUCCAUCUUGGUCUUGUAGCUGGCCUUCCCCUCCCUGAUCUUCUUCUUCAGCUCCUUCUGCACCCUCCUCAGAUCCUCCUUGUCCCCGGAUUUAAAGACCCUCCUCUUCUCCUUCAGGAGGACUUUUAGUUCAGGGGUCACCCAGGGUUUGCUGUUGGAGAAACACCGUACUUUCCUGGUGGGUACAGUGUUCUCAACACAGAAGUUUAUGUAGUCCAUGAUGCAAUCUGUCAUGGUGUCGAUGUCAUCACCAUGUGGGCCGCACAGUACAUCCCAGUCUGUGGUCUCGAAACAGUCCUGCAGCGCCUCAGUGGCCUCCUCAGACCACCUCUUAACAUACCUGAUGGUGGGGGGUUGUUUCUUCACCAUAGGUAUGUAAAUGGGCUGCAGUCUCACCAGGUUGUGAUCUGAGCGGCCCAGCGGGGGAGGUGUAUGCAUCCUUGGUGUUUGCAUACAGUAAGUCCAAAGUUUUAUUGUCUCUUGUUGGGCAUUCCAUGUACUGGCUGAAGGUAGGGAGAGUGGAGGUCAGCGAUGCAUGACUAAAGUCUCAAGAGACGAUGGUCAGAGACUGAGGGUGUGAUGUUUGUAGCUUGGACACUUCACUGUGGAGGAGUUCACAGGCUGCAGCAGCAUCAGCCGAGGGAAGGAUGUAAACAGUUAACGCGAUGACAUGCGAAAACUCCCUCGGCAGGUAAUAUGGCCGCAAACUCACAGCCAGCAGCUCAAUGUCCUGAGGGCAGCGCUGCUCUUUAACACUGACGUGCCCAGCAUUACACCAUCUCUCAUUCACAUACACCGCUAUCCUAUCAAUAAAAAGGCAAAAACGUAUACUCUGUGAAGAGCUGCUGUGACUUGCUGCCACUCUCAGGGCGCUCAGUCAAUACAUAAGCUUUUAGCUAAAUUUACUGUAUCUACGUCAUUGUGCUGGGUGCUUGAGUUGAGACGUUUUCUUCAAGAAAUUUGCUACAUUUCAUAACCUGAAUUCACUUAUGCGUAUACAAAGGCACCGAUAACUGUUUCAGAUGUUAGGUAGAUGUAUUUAUGACAUUUGAGAAAGAUUUUGUCUUGCCAGAAUCAACAUAGCAGUUUCUACAAGCUAAAACAGCAGCACCAUGUAAUUGUUUUUUGGGUUACUCACAUAGAGUACAGGCCAAAAGUUUGGACACACUUUCUCAUUCAAUGUCUUUUCUUUUUUUUUUAUACGACUAUUUACAUUGUAGAUUGUCACUGAAGGCAUUAAAACUAUGAAUGAACACAUGUAGAAUUUUGUACUUCUAAAAAAAGUGUGAAAUAACCGAAAACAUGUUUUAUAUUCUAGUUUCUUUAAAAUAGCCACCCUUUGCUCUUGAUGACAGAAGUACCUUGUCAGGGUUACUUCAGGCACUCCUGUGAAGUAAAAAUCAUUUCAGGUGACUACCUCAUGAAGCUCAUUGAGAGAACAGCUAAAGUUUGCAGCGCUAUCAAAAAAGCAAGCACGGUCUGAUUGGCGGACAAAGCACUCCAGCCGCGAGUGACCACGCUAUUCCCCCACGUCGGCGCCGAGCGACGAGGGAGAGCGAGAGCGAGAGAAGGCAUCCAGCCGCGAGGGAGAGAGCGGCCAGCCGCGAGGGAGAGAGCGGCCAGCCGCGAUGAGGACGGCGUUAGUGGCGCCCCGCCACAUUACCCCUCUCCUCCCCGAGGUUGGCGAUGUGCGGCAACCUUGACAGAUAGUCUGCCACAACAUUGCUCUUGCCCGGCCGAUGGUGGAUCCGGAAUCUGAAUGGUUGGAGGGAGAGGUACCAGCGGGUGAGACGACUGUUGUGAUCCUUCAUCGAAUGAAUCCACGUCAGCGCCCGAUGGUCAGUCUCCAAGUCGAACUCCCUCCCCAGCAGGUAGUAUCUCAUACUCUCCAGGGCCCAUUUGAUCGCCAGGCCUUCCUUCUCCACUGUGGAGUACCUGGUCUCCCGUGGCAGCAGCUUGCGGCUCAGGUACAGCACUGGUCGCUCCUCCCCAGGUUCACCUUGGGCCAGGACUGCCCCCAGUCCCACAGCUGAAGCAUCCGUCUGGAUCAGGAACCGCUGUCUGAAGUCAGGGCUUCUCAAAACUGGCGAAGAGCACAAGCAGGCUUUUAGAGCGUGGAAGGCCGUCUCGCAGUCAUUGUUCCAGAUGACAGGGUUUCUCUGUUCCUUCGCUGUCAGAGCUGUCAGAGGCGCUGCGAUGGUGGCAAACUGUGGGACGAACCUUCUGUACCAGCCGGCCAAACCCAAGAAGGACCUCACCUCCUUCUUGGUUCGAGGGCGUGGGCAGCUGCGGAUGGCCUCCACCUUGUCCACCUGCGGCCGGACCUCCCCUCGUCCCAGCCGGUACCCCAGGUACUCUGUCUCCUCCUUAGCCCACUGGCAUUUGGCUGGAUUCAGUGUCAGGCCUGCCUGCUGGAUCUGGCCCAGGACUCGCUCCAGGUGAUGCAGGUGCUGCUCCCAGGUGUCACUGAAGAUGACCACAUCAUCCAGGUAGGCAGCACUGCAGUCCUCACACCCCCGUAGAACCUGGUCCAUCAGUCUCUGGAAGGUGGCGGGUGCCCCAUGCAGGCCAAAGGGCAUCACCGUGAACUGGAAGAGGCCGGAAGGUGUCUGGAACGCUGUGUAGGGACGACUGGAUGCUUCCAAGGGUACCUGCCAGUAGCCCUUACAGAGGUCCAGGGUGGUGAUGAACCUGGCCCGGCCAAUCCUCUCCAGCAGCUCGUCGAUCCGUGGCAUCGGGUAGGCGUCAAACUCCGACAUUGCGUUCAGCUUCCUGAAGUUGAUGCAGAUGCGGAGGGAACCGUCCUUCUUCACCACAAUGACCACUGGGCUGCACCACUCGGACUGCUACGGUUCGAUCACCCCCAGGCGCUGCAUCUCUUCCACCUCCUUCAGGAGCUUGGCCACCAGAUGUUGUGGCACCCGGUAACUCCUCUGGCGAACUGGCCCCUUGUCUUUCAGGUGGACCACGUGCUCGAUGAGGCCGGUCCUCCCCGGGCUGGCAGCGAAGAGCUUGGAGACCCUCUCGAACACCUGGCACAGCUGGCUGGACUGGACAGCAGAGAGAUGGCCCAGAGCAGGUUCAGCAUACUGGUGGCGGUCGGCGAGGAUACACUCCUCCUCCCCUUCACUGUCCCCCUCCAUCACCAAUAGGGCCGCCACAGGGCCCUGAGCUGGAGCCUCCUUCCACUCCUUCAGCAGGUUGAUGUGGUAGACCUGCUUUGCCCUUUUCUUGUCCGGGUGGUGGAUCUCAUAGGUCACAGGGCCCAUCUUCCGGAGGACGGUGUACGGGCCCUGCCACUUGGCAAGCAGCUUGCUGUUGGAGGAUGGGAGGAGGAGUAGGACCUUCUGGCCGGGCUGGAACUCUCUGCGUCUGGCAUGUUGGUCGUACCACGCCUUCUGGGCCUGCUGGGCUUCGCGCAGGUUGACCUCUGCCUCCUCCCGGUACUUUGCCAGCCGGUCCCUCAUCUCCAACACGAAUUGGACCACACUGCGGUCACUGGUGCCUGUUGCAGGAGCCUCCCAUGUAUUUAGAAGCAGAUCCAAUGGCCCCUGUACCUCCCAGCCGUACAGUAGUUCAAACGGGGAGAACCCCGUGGAGGCUUGGGGAACCUCUCGGUAGGCGAAAAGCAGGAAGGGUAACCACUGGUCCCAGUCUCGCCCGGUGUCAGACACAAAUUUCUGCAGCAUCUUCUUGAGGGUUUGGUUGAAACGCUCAACCAAGCCAUCUGUCUGAGGGUGGUAUGGGGUGGUCUUGAUUGUUGAGACCCCCAACUGUCGGUGGAAGAGCUGCAGGAGUCUGGAGGUGAAAUCAGUCCCCUGGUCUGUGAUGAUCUCGUCUGGAAUACCCACCCUGGAAAACAGCUGGACCAGGCAACGCAACACAGCCGGAGCAGUGACCGUGCGCAGGGGAAAAGCCUCAGGGAAACGAGUGGCGUAAUCACAGACCACCAGGAUGUACUGGUGCCCUCCGCUGCUCCUCACCAAUGGGCCAACAAUGUCCAUGGCUAUCUGCCUAAAUGGAGUGGAGAUCACGGGUAGUGGUUGGAGGUAGGCACGGUCUGAUUGGCGGACAAAGCAAGUCUUCUGACAGGUGGGACAGGUUUUACAAAAUGUUUGUACAUCCGCAUACAUGGAAGGCCAGAAGAACCUUGCAGAUAUCCGCAGGUAGGUUUUGUUGCGACCAAGAUGACCAGCCCAAGGCAAGGUGUGUGCCAGGUGCAUGAUCAUCUGCCGACAUGACACAGGAACCACCAGGCGUCUGACCUCAUCUGUCAUCGCAUAGAGCACAUUAUUGUCCACAACAAACCAGUCUUUGUCCUUCUUUGCUAGGUCCUGUCCCCAAACCACCUUGGCGAACAGGGGCGUCAGAGUUGUGUCCUCCCUUUGUAAGGCCCCAAUGUCCUCUGGCACAUUCCAUCUGUCCUUUGCCAGCCCCUUUUUUCGGUCUGGCUCCUGGGAUUUCAGCCCCUUCACAAAUUGCCGCUGACGGCGGGACUUUCUGGGGCCCUUUGUGCCCCCCUCAAACAAACCACUGUCCAGGGUUGAAAAAAGUUCUGGCUCAGGGCCCUUUUCCUGCCCUGGGCCAGUUGCAAUCCCCGCUCUGGCCUGGGCACGGGUGAUCACCAGCCCAGACAACCCUUUCCCCAGGUCACUGGCGGUGGGUCCUGCCUCCAGCAGCACAUCCAAUAGCACUGGGAAGUCCCAACCCAGGAUCGCAGCCACAGGCAACCUAUCCACCACCCCCACAGUCAGCAGAUAAGGCUGCUCGUCCACGACCACUGUCACCUCAGCUGUGGGGUAGGAAUGGCUGUCCCCGUGUGCGCACAGAAUGUCUUCCUGUCUGCUAUAAUCCACACUGCCCGUUGGCACCAGCUCCCUUCGCACCAGCGUCAGGAAGCUCCCAGAGUCAACCAAAGCAGUCACACAUUCCCCAUUUAUGGUUAUUUCCUUGAAUCUUUGUUGCCGUCCCCCAGCACUUGCAACCUCCGCUCGGGGAGUGUAGCAGGCACUGCUAAGCUUGGCUUUUCUGAUUGGGCACAGAGCAGCCUUGUGUCCUGCUUGCUGGCAGUAAAAACAAAUAAGUUCCUUACCAGGGCUGCGCUGGCGAGGUGCGGACCGAGGUUCUCCUGUUGGAUGCUGGCUGGCUCUGGCCGCUGGUCUGGGCUGUGAUGAAACCUGCCGACUGGGUCCACCCUGGUUGACUGUCGGGCCUCCCCUCCGUGCGUUAAGGUACUGCAGUGCCAGCUUCCCUGCAGCUAGCCCAUCCGUCGGCUCAUGCUCCUUCACCCAGGUGCAGAUGUCAGCCGGGAAGACCCUCAGCAGCUGCUCCAAUAUGAUCUGCUCCCCGAUCUGCUCCUUUGUAUGCUGCUCUGGCCGGACCCAUAGACGGUAGAGACCCUUUAAGCGGUGGUAAGUCUCUGUGGGGUUCUCUCCUGGUGGGACAGCCAUGGACCGGAACUGCUGGCGAUAAGUCUCCGGGGAGACGUCAAACUUCAUCAGGAGCGCUGCCUUCAGGUCCGGGUAGGAGUGAGCCAGGUCCUCAUCCAUCGCUGUGUAAGCCUCCAGCGCCUUUCCAGUGAGCAGAGGCACCAGGCGACAGGCCCACUCACUGUCUGGCCAACCCCACGUUCUGGCAAUGCGCUCGAAGCGGAGCAGGUAAUUUUCAAUGUCCUCUCCCGCCAGAUACUGAGGGAUCUUGGGGUCACCCCAGGGUCGGCUCUCAGACCUAGGAGGUUCUGCCAGGCUACUUGCCCCAAUCCUUGGUGCCUCCACGGGAGAACUGCGUCGUGGCCGAGGAGCUGGAGUUGGUAACUCAAGACGGAGGCUCAUAGUUGAUCCAGCAGAUGGCGGAGUGGUUCUUGGUGCUGGACUUGGUGUUACCGGCCUCCGUUCUGCCUCAGGCUGCUGCAGUGGGACUGGUAAGGCAGCUCGAAGCCCUCUGAGCUCUGCAAGCAAGCCCUCCUCUCUCCUCUGCUGCCCCUCCAGGAAAGUUCUCAUCACUGUAAGCAGCUCCGCCCCAGCACCUGAAGUUCCCGGGUCUGCCUGCCAGGAAGGCCCAGCAGCACCCUCUUCAUCCUCAUCCUCUGUGGCCCAGGCUUCUUCCUCCACAGCUUCUUCCACUUUUUGUGACCGCAGUCCGGUCCGUCUUCCUGUGAACCGGAUGCAUCCCCUUCGACUGGCCAUCCCACUUCUGACACCAAAUGUCGCGGGUUCAGUUUCUUUAAGUUCUUUUUCGGUUGUGGAGGGAAAGAUGAUGGCACAGUCGAGAACCGAGUACGGUGAUUUCCUUUUAUUUACACCAUCUCCAAAAAAAUACCCACAGGUGAAAACUCUUAUGUACAAAAAUAUUUACAAAAAUUACAGAGGAAAAACUAUUUACAAACCGCAAUUUAACUACCAGGACCAACAUACGUCUUCUCAACCAGGAGGCACACCAACAAGUGAGCUGAGCUCCUUUAAAUACCCCUUGGCCCCUCCUCCGGACAAACCAAUCAAAACAAUCUAGGGGUUUUUCGAGAUAUCAGCUAUUAUAUCAUAACUAAUAUUUCUACAUACACAAAAUAAUACAAAGCAAUUACUGUUGCUCACACCCUCCACAUGGCUGAGCCAAUAUUAAACCCAAACACAAUAUUUUUCCUAUAAAUCAAUUUGUUCCCGGACUUUGGUUUCUCCCUGGGUCACCUGACCCGCGGAGGCACGUCACCUAGUGCUACUUAACAGGUGACGCGAAACUGCCUCUGUUCAGUCCAUGAAGCGGAGACAGAAGGUGAGUGUGUAUGUGUGUGCGUGUACGUGUAAGCGAGACCCGUGUAGGUGUUUGAGUGUGCACCCUCUAACACCAACCACGGGGACGCAAGAGUCCAAUUAUUGUCUUUAAAUGUUCAUUUUGACUCCCGUCCGUCUGUCACUCCAGCCGCGAGUGACCACGCUAUUCCCCCACGUCGGCGCCGAGCGACGAGGGAGAGCGAGAGCGAGAGAAGGCGUCCAGCCACGAGAGAGAGCGUGCGUCCAGCCGCGAGGGAGAGAGCGGCCAGCCGCGAGGGAGAGAGCGGCCAGCCGCGAUGAGGACGGCGUUAGUGGCGCCCCGCCACACACGUGUUCAUUCAUAGUUUUGAGAAUCUACAAUUUAAAUAGUAAUGAAAACAAAGAAAAUGCAUUGAAUGAGAAGGUGUGUCCAAACUUUUGGCCUGUACUGUAUGUACAUUUCUGGCUGGUGACAAAAGUCGGACAGAUAGUCUGAGUAGAUAUUUUAACCCAAAGUCCAGAAUGGUAUUGUCUAUGCAAAAAUACAUUGAACAAGUAGGACCAGCGUAGCUGAAUGAAAUUCACUUUCUAGGCACUUUUUCCUUUGUCCCAAUACAGCCUAUGACCUAGAGCAGUGGUCUCCAUAUGGCGGACCGCGGUCCACUUCCGGACCAGGAAAGAGUCCAAUACGGACCCGAGCCUACUGCAGAAAAAUGUAUGUUUUUUUUCUCUCUUGUAGGCCUGCACGAUAUAUCGUUUGAGCAUCGUCAUCGCGAUGUACAUGUGUGCGAUAGUCACAUCACAGAGCCUGCGAUGUCGGAGGUGAAUGAACUUUAAGGGUAGCUGACUGAGAUACACUCCAUGUGACUCUACAUGUGCUGUGCAGCGAUCCACCAAUCACCUUUGUCCUUUACUCAGUUGCCAAUCAGACUCAGUUCUCAGUUGCCAAUCAGACUACCCUGCCAGCUGUCAAUCAAAAUCAGAGAGGAGGAAACCCACCCCUGCACAUGUUCUGCACAUGGAGGUACUCGCUGGCUGCUGGUGUUGAGCCCAGAAACGCGUGUCUGUUGAGAAUUACUUUCGGAACUUUACUGACUGUUAAGCCCAACAAAUAAGAACUGUAUGGGUUUUAAAGUGUAUAUUUCCGUGGACCACUCUACUAUAAGCGGUGCGCGUUUUGCGAGGUGCAUGCAAUUCUCGGAGGACAUGCGUUUCUCGGCACAACACCGCUAACAACAACAACAACGAUUGCAAAAUGAGCAACGAACAAGAGAAAACCACCGAAAAUGAAGAUUUGUUGCCAAAAAGAAAAGGAAAGUCAGUUAUCUGGAAUUAUUUCGGUUAAAAGAAGGAUGAUGUUGACCAAAACACGUGUUCUGUGUUCAUCUGUCACCACAAUAACGCCCCACCACAAUAAAAGCUAAAAAUAUCUCUGAGACAGACAGAAGCCACUCUACUAACAUUCACAAAAAGAGGUAAGAUCAGAGCAGGUUAACUGUCCUCAAGAUUUCAGCGGUGCAGCAUAACAUUAAAUGCUAUUCAGGUCAUCUGGUGAAAAUUCCUAUAUUUUUAAUAUCGCAAUAUAUAUCGCAGGGUUGAAAAAAAUUGCAAUGUUAGUUUUUUCCAAUAUCGUGCAGCCUUACUCUCUUGCUUUGUGCCUGGUUCAGUAAACUGCACAUGCAAUUUCAGCAAGGCAUUACAUCACUUGCUUACUCGCUUGACUCGUCAAUCAACUCAGACCUCUUAGCCUACUCGACACGCGAAGAUUACCGAGCAAUCCCGAUGUUGAAAACUGUCAGGCGGCAGACUGAGGAGAAAGUUGUAGCAGCAGCUAAACAUGUCGGCUUAAAAACCACAAAAGGUAGAGAAUGAGAACAGGGUGUUUUAUGGUGAGUGGACCGAGUCAUUUGCAUUCAUUUUACCUGCAGGAAUAACACAGCCAAUUGAAAGUAGGCAAUUAUUGGCAAUACAAAUGAAGUGAAUAUUUCAAAAGAGUAAUGCACUGUAAAAAAAUAAAUAAAUAAAAAUCCCUGGACCCAGGACUGCAGGCAUUUCAUUCAGGUGGACCCACUGAAAAUUUAUAUGAAGACCCCUGACCUAGAGCAAAGUUUCUUUCCCGGAGUUUCAGUGGAAGGGGAUGCAUCGGCAAUGCUGGCUGAGGGGUUUGACUGACCCGCGGCUGCAUCACGUUCUUGUUUCUCGCCUUUUCCAAAUUAAUCACUGGUAGCAUGUCAUGUGAAACCCAGCGUCAUCAGGAACAUUGUCAAAGUCGAUAUCAACGCAAUGUUUAUAAGUUGUAGAGAAAGCCACUUUCUAAUACUAGUUCUGUAAGUUUCCCAACGUGUCCUUGUAAGGUCGAGAACGUCUUCACUCUGGACAGAUGACAGAUGCAUAUAGCAUUGUUUCGUUCCUUUUUUAUGCACUUUUGAAGGCUGUUUUCUUUUUUCCUUUUCUUUUUUUCCUCUUCACUUGUCUCACUGCUAGAUGCGCUCGUCGCCAUGUUUGUGUAUUUCUGAUACUAUGGCAACGAGACUCGGCUAUUAUUGGUCCACGUGACAAAAAUCGCUUCACCCCUUUGCAUAUUCCUGUGCGUGUGCAAGUAUCACUACGCCGCAGAAAGGAAAUAGUUCAACACCGAAACACUGAUUACUAAAAAUCGACUGGAUGGCAUGAGUAGAUUUUUUUUAAUACUUACUAUCAAUAGAGCUACUUUAUGAAUCACAGUUUAUGUUGCACCAGCGUAGUGGAACGAAAUUCACUUUCUAGGCACUUUUUCCUUUGUCCCAAUACAGCCUACAAGCACUUAUCCGAGGAGAAGGCCAGGAGAAGUGUCUGUACCACUCAGGAGUGAAGACAAUACUCAGGCGCUGAGACUGAGGGCUGCUGGCUUCUUCAAGGGUCUUGAUAGCCAAUGCAGCGCAGGUGUGGAGUCUCUCUCAGCCUCAGCGACUGGGGAAGGGGGGUGCUCUGAAAACAGUCAUGCCAGACUAGGGAAACAAGGAAAACAAGAAGUUAAAUCAAAAUAAAACAGGAAGUGAAGGCGUCUCACCACACAAUCCCCUUUCUGUCUUUCCAGCUUGCUUCAUGCCUCUUUGGUAUUGUUGCUUUGCCUGAAGAAAAAAUUAUUUCACAAUCUGCAGCACUAGCUUUACUAACUUUCUUUUAAGCUGUUAUCACACAAUGCAGAAAAAACAAAAAUGUUUGAAAUGCACAGUAGAUUGUGUUGCAAAGCAAAAAAGAGAAAAAAACAGCUCAUCAAGCUUAGCCAUGGGGACAUGCAGUGCAAAUGUAAAUUGUGCUGAAGAGGCAGCUCACUCUUUUGAUUAAACCGUCUUUUGUUCAGGGUUAUCAAAGAUAAGAAAAACUUUAUUUAUCCCUGAAGAGAAAUUCAAUAAAUCACAUAAAACAUUCAAUAUGUGGAUGCCAUAUAACAAGCUGUCAAAACAUAUCAGCCCUUAAAAAAUUACAUUUUAUACCACAUAGCCCAACACUUUGCUGGGUAACGCCUGGUUCACACAACACCGAAACACUGAUUACUGUUUCGCUUCCGUUUCGUGCGUGGCGCUUCCUGUGUGAACCAGGUGUAAGGCUGGAGUCAUCCAGUGGGUCUGCAAUAAGCACUUUGAAGGAAACAGGGUCUCUGAGUUUUCUUGUCCCUGAGUUUUUUUCCCAGUGAUUUAGUUGAAGAGGGGGGCAAAGAGUCUUGUAGUGUUUUCAGCUUUUGCUCAGGCCUUUUUUUCCCAGGGGAGAGAUUUUUAAUGCACUGAGGUCAAUUCUGUCCAGCGACUCCUACUGCUGAACUUUUAAAGUUCCCAAUCUACACAGAUAGGAAGCACCCCAGUAAGGGCCUAAUUUCAGUGCUCGAUGGAUUAUAGUUUGAAAGCCCUGCCUAUUUCAACCAGAAGGUGUCAACAUUUCAUCAGGGCCACAGCUGUAGCUCAAAUGAGAGGCUUUGAUCAUUUGUUGAUGUUAAUUAAAGGCACUUACUGACAGGGAGGGACUUCACUCAUUUUCCAAGUGAUUCAAAAAAGUGGAAGUAUCCUCCCUAUCCCAUGAGGCAACUUUUAAGGGUGGAACAGCUGGAUGAUAGCAAACUCAAACACAUUAGUCUUAAAGAAAUACAUCUAGGCACUUAUUCAAGCUCCCGUCUGGGAUAUAACUGGCCACAGACAAAACAGUACCUUUCUAUCUCUAUCGAUGUAAGCAUGUGGAAGGCUGAAACCAUAGACUGUAUAAAGAAUGGACAGAGUCUGCCUCCUCGCUGGGUGAAGUCACUCCGAGAACAGCACCCUCUGAUGGUGGGCUGCAGUACAGGUCAUAAAUCCCGCCUCCGCCAGCAAAGUUUAUGGGACUGUGGACAAACUUUAGAAAUUUAUUACACAGAACAUAAAUUUUUCUCCCCCCUGCUUGUGAUGUUGACAUGUAGUUAUUGUAAGACUGGUUUGUGCCCAAGUCCUUUUUUUUCUGUACAGCUCCGUUUUUAAAAGUUAUUAGGGGGUUCAUGUUUUCUAUGAUUGACACCUGGUACAGUCUAUGGGCGUUCAGGGAUUGCGUAGCUCACCCGGGGGGGAUACGCUGUUUGAGCCGAGCGUCAUCACAGGGACUCUCGGCGACUGCGCAGCUGAAUGCGCGCAUCGCUACUGCGCAGCUCUGGUUUCAAGGAAGUGGAGAAAAACCCGGAAUUACCGAGAGCUUCUUGGCUUCAAAUCCGUAUACAGGCGGAAGGCGGAACCAGGUUGUCCAUAGUAUAUACAGUCUAUGGCUGAAACCUGCAGCUGGAAGAGCACACCUCAUCUCCAUUUGAAGUUCAUGCAUAAUAGGCCGAGGCAGGGAGAGCAGCAGCAGCCACAGCAGCAGAGACUCAGGAAACAGAUCAGGCGCCAUACAUAUGACAGUAGUAAAACCAGUCACAGCAUGAAAAGGAGGAGCUGGGGUAGACAUCAACUGAAGGGAGGCUUGAGGAGGAAGAGAGCAAAAAAAGGUAGACUGGAGCAGUUAAAUGGAUAUCUAGAUAUUGUCAGCCAGAUGAGCAGAGGGCCGAGCUGUCGCCUGAUAUGGACUGGGAUUGGGAUCAGCUGAUGUACUGUGGGCUUUGGUUCACCCCUCCUUUUAAUGGGUGUUUCUUUAAAUGUCUGUAUUAAUUUUUUAAUCACUGCUGCUUAAAUGGAAUUUCCCUUCAGGGAUCAAUAAAGUUCUGUUAUUCUUAAAAUAUCUUGCCCUGCUCCUCUAACAGGCUUUUUAAGUUGCAACAGAGGCAGUUCAAUGUAAAUACAAAAAUGCGAAUGAAUAAACAAACCUGAAAACUAGUCAUAUGUAGAAUGUCCCAAAGAUGGUUUGGUUUGGGAUUUUGGCUGGUGAAUUUGAGGAUAUGGUGUGUGCUGAGUAACGAGAGGACGAUUUUUCUUUUGAAGUGCAAAACCUUCUGUUUCAGUGAGUUCAAAUUAGGGCACAGCUGUGCAGACCAUUGCCAUGAUUCUCAGCCCUCUGAAGUCAUCGUCUGGCUCUCCUGGAUCUGUUCAGAGUUCUGCCAGAGCAGUUACUGAAUGCCUCUUUGUAUGCUGAAGGCAAAUGAUGUGUUUUGGACUUUUUCCUUUGUCUGUGCUGUCACAAAGUCACAUUGUAUGACUGUAAAUGGCUGUAAUAUCCUUGUUUUUUUCUCUUUCUUUUUCUCUUUCUCAUUCCCAUGUCUCUUGUAUAGGAAAUUGCUGUAUUGAAGGAUGUGCGCACCCUACAGGUUAUACCUGGUGAGCUAGUGAAGCCCUUUAAAUCCAACUUCCCCUCUCGUCUGGCUCAGAGUCGGGCUGAGCUUGUUCAGAGGCUGCUUGCUGAACUUGGUACUGAGAACUCUGGCUUCACCCCGGACAAUGUCAUGAAUGUAAGCUACUUUAAUCUUACCAAAAGCAUCUUUCCUUUUCAUUUCUUGAAAAUCUUUCAGAUACCCGUACAACGAUGAAAUAAUCCUCUUCAGAAAUUAGAGAUAACAGUUUUUAAUGCUUAGCUUGCUUACAUACAACAUCCAUGUGAGACAGAUGUAAUCUAUAUGCAAGCCAGUGGCGGCUGGUGAGAAAAAAAGUAGGUGGGGCUGAAGGUUUGGAAACCAGAACCCUGUAGGGGGGUAUCCUCCCCUGUGAGAUUUUCACAUGUAAAUGAAGCAUUCUGAGCAAAUAAUUAAGGAAACAUACGAUCUUGACCUACAAAGACAAAUGGGGUGGGGAUACUGUAUUUCAACAUAUUAACAGGGCAUUAUAGCCAGCACACAGCCUACCUACAUUCAAUGUAAUGGUAUGAUAUAGAAACUGACAGGAGCGCAUACUCGUGUACAUUCACCUGCAUCUCAACAGGUUAGGCUACAGCAAAGAAGCACACAAAGACAACUGCAGAAAAAUAGUAAAGAGCAGACCCACAUUUAUUAACAUAAACAAUUUGUUUAUCAACAUAAACUAUUUACAAACAAUUUAUAUAUUAACAAUCAGUGGAACUGAACUAUCAACAAGGUAUGGUAUGGUAUGCUGCUUUGCUGUUUUUUAUUCUGUAACUACUUUGUUGUGUUUAUCUAUUACUGUGUUCUCAAUGUACCAUAUACCAUGUAAUCACAAUAUUCAGCUUGUAAUAUAAAUAACUUUAAUAAUAAUAAUGAUGAUAAUAAUUUACAACAAUAAUAAUAAUAAUAAAUAUGAUUUAUAAUUAAUUGUAAUGGAUAAUAAUAUAUUAUAUAAUCUAUUACAAUAAAUAAUAAUAAAUAUAAUCUAUAAUUAUAAGAAAUACAAUUUAUUAGUCAUUUUAAUUUAGAAUAUAUAAUAUAAUCUAUUACAAUUAAUAAUAAUAAUAAUAAUAAUAAUAAAUAAUCUACAAUUAAUUAUGAUUUAUAAUAACAUAUAAUAUAAUCUAUUACAAUAAGUAAUAAUUAUAGUUAUAUUUAUAAAUAUAAUUUAAAAUUAUAUAUAAUAUAAUCUUUUACAAUAAAUAAUAAUAUAAUUUAUAACAAUAAUAAUAAUAAUAAUAAUAAUAAUAAUAAUAAUAAUAAUAAUAAAUGUAAUUUAUAAUUAAUUAUAAUUUAUAAUGAUAUAUAAUAUAAUCUUUUACAAUAAAUAUGAUUUAUAAUUAAUUAUAAUUUAUUAUUUUUAAUUUUAUAUUUAUUUAUUAUUUUUCUUCCAGGUUUUCAAGAACACAUGGGAACUCUGAAAAUCUGACUGCGGCUCAGAACAGUUCAUUUGUACAGAAAUUUGGCGCUUCUCUCCUGUAGAGAUACAAACCUUUCAAUGACUCUUUCAUUAAAGUCAGGAAUGCUGUUUGCCAGUUUCUUCUCCAUGGAGAGCAUGGCCAAGGUAUUUAGGCAUUCCUGCCCCAUGGUGUUUCUCAGGAAUGUCUUGAUCCGUUUGAGAGUGGAGAAACAACUAUGAAAAAAAGAAUGAAUAAAUGACUGACUGAGUAAGUGGGAGACUGGAUGAGUGAAUGACAUGUGAGUGAAUAAAUAACUUAUAAACUUCUCAUGAAUUGAUAAAUUAAUCUAUGGUUUAUAUAGGUGAGUGUAUUGUAGUACAUUACAUUGUAUGUAAUGUAGUAUAUUAGAAGUCUUGGCCCAGCUUGUCUGUGUAUAGGCUGUAUUGGGACAAAGGAAAAAGUGCUUAGAAAGUGAAUCUCGUUCCACUUCAGUGGGGCAACAUAAACUGUAAUUCAUAAAAUAGCUCUAUUGAUAGUAAUUACUUAAAAAAAAAAUCUACUCAUGCCAUCCUGUCGAUUUUUAGUAAUCAAUUUUUCAGUGUCGAACUAUUUCCUUUCUGCGGCGUAGUGAUACUUGUACAUGCGCAAUCAAUUAUGCAGAGGGUGAAGCGAUUUUUGUCACGUGGACCAAUAGGAGCCGAGUCUCGUUGCCAUAGUAUCAGAAAUACACAAACAUGGCGACGAGCGCAUCUAGCAGCGAGACAAACGAAGAGGAAGAAAAGAAAAGGAAAAAAAGAAAUCAGCCUUCAAAAGUGCAUAAAAAAGGAACGAAACAAUGCUAUAUGCAUCUAUCAUCUGUCCAGAGUGAAGACGUUCUCGACUUUACAAGGACACGUUGGGAAACUUACAGAACUAGUAUUAGAAAGUGCCUUUCUCUCCAGGGUGAGACAAAGGACCUUGCAGAAACUUGUAAACAUUGCGUUGAUAUCGACUUUGACAAUGUUCCUAAUGAAGUCAUGGUUGGAGUAGAUGAGGGACAGUUCAGCCUUUAGCUUGUUCUUGUUCAGAACAGGGUAAGCCUCAGCGGCAGCAUUGAGCGCAGCAUCAGGGAACUGUUGUUGGUGUUGGGCAAACAUCUCUUGCAGCAGCAGUGUGGCAGCAAUCAGAUGCUUUGUGAAGGCAUAUCGUUCCGUGGCGUGGGCAAGGAUGGUAUCACACACCUAUAAAAUGAUACACAACACUUGUUAAGUCAAAAGUACAAUAAAAAAAAGCAAACAUGUUACUUGACGUUAUAGGUUAAUGUUGAAAUUGCAGCCUCAGUUACAAGAGCAUUAUUGUAAUUAAUCACAAAAACAACUGUCUUACUAAUGGACUAAAAUGACACAUGAUAUGUCACUGACCUGUGUAGCUAUCCUUUGAUAGCUACACAGGUGCCUGGCACCUCUUGUUGGUCCCCUGAGCUUCGCAAUGCUCAGCACAGAAAGAGGGAAUGGAGUCCCUGAUCUUCUGCACAGACUGUGUAAAGUUUUGAAUGCUCUUGUGGAGGAAGACAGUAUCAAUUUUCAUCUUCUGGAGCAAGCUGAACAGGAUGUCUACAUGUGGCAUGAUCAUGUGAAAUAAAUCCAAGAAAAAUAUAAAAGUGGAAUCCUCCAGCAGUCGUAGAAAUGCUCCUGCCUCUCGUUGUGUGGGGGGAUCAAACUCUCCACCCUCUCUGAUGGAUCGGAAACACUGAAUCAGAUCAUCUUUGUAUUCGUAUACAGUGUUCACUGCUCGACUGUGGAAGUUCCACCGUAUUGCAGAGGAUCUUGGGAGUCUGUGUGCAACCACACUGCCCAGCACGCUGGUUCUCCUGUGUGACCGGGAAAAGAAAGCAGCAAACCCACUCAAGUCAGAGAAGAAACCAGAGACACAAGGGAUGCGAGAUGUCACCUGAAACAGAUUAGAUUCAGAUUUAACGCCAUAUAUUUUAGCAAGAGUAGUACAACAGUGAGUGACCCUGGUUCGAUGCAGAAUAAUGAACUGUUUACAAAAAAAAUCCAUCUCUUUUUUAUUACAAACAUGUAAACACAAACAUUGCUCCACAUUAGUGUGGCCCUGUUACUCCUUUCCAGACAGCUACUGAGACAAACUAACAUGUUGACAUUGUCCAAGAGGAGAGCUGAUGCCAGAGGCGCUUCAGGGAUUUUGUGUCAUUGUGCGCAGAUAGGUUAACUGUGUUAAAAUUUUAAAUCAGAUCGUUCAUGAUGAGUCAUUUGGCAGUCAAAGCACUAAUAUAGUCAUAUGAUGGUCAUCCCUCAUUAUAACAGUUGUAAUAGUCUAAUAGUCUUUUGAUCUGAUUCUCACUAGGUAAUGAUCAGACCAUUACCAUGCACUGAACUAUGGUCAGUAAUAAAACUGGACAGUGUGCAAAAGACAGGUGCUGGGGAGGGGGGAGUCAAAGUGUAAAACUCACCUGUUGCAUUAUGAGGUUCAGCUGGUGUGCAAAGCAGUGAACAUAGUGCGCGUUCUUGUACACCUCUUGCACUUUCUUCUGCACCCCUCCGGUGGCUUCCCUCAUCACACUGGCUCCAUCAUAGGCUUGGGCAACGAGUUUGAACUUCUGAGUGUCGGGUACAAUGUCACUCAGCCUCUCCAGAAGUGCGGAUGAAAUUGAAUCAGCACUUGCAUGCUGCAGAUGGAUGAAUUCAAAAAAUCUCUCUUGCACGUUCUUGGAUUUAUCUAUGUAACGCAGCACGAGCACCAGCUAGCACUGAGUGGAGAUAUCUGUUGUCUCGUCAGCUUCAAUUGAGAGAAAAUCUGCAGCCCUGACUUCAUCCACAAUAUGCUCUCUUAAUACAGAAAGCAUACAGUACAGCAGCUCGUUCUGUACCGUCUUUGACGUCCCCUUGAACACCGUGGCAGUUUUCAAGUGCUCCUCCAGGACAGAGUCAAGUGUCGCCACAAGGUCCACUAGGCCCCUGAAUAUUCACAGGUUUGAAUAUUCACAGGCUGACUCGUCGUGCCCGCGUAAAGCCAGCUCAAAAGCACCACAAAACUUCACACAAUCGAUAAUUUUGGACAGAAUAUGUCGGUUCUUGUCUACCUUCUCAUUAUGUUUCCUGACUCCUAUUCUGUAGCUGUCAUCCAAUUGAGUGGCAAUGUUAACUCUGCCGAACAUAGCUAGCUUCAUAGCAUUUUCCAUGUGCACUUUGCUAUGGUCGUGCUUCUUAAUCUUCUCUGACAGGUGCUUCAGAUCUGUCACCCCAGUAGCAACCCAUGCAUGAUCCGUGUUCGCCGACUGAAAGAGCAUGCAUGGGAAACAAAAAAGGGCCUUACUCUUCGGGCAUCCCGUUAGCCAUGGUUUGCGCGCAUACCAUGCUCUUGAAAAUGACCGCGUAUAAUUUUUCCCCCUCUCGUGGUCACUUGCUGGGCAGCGACAUCUGGUCGAUCCAGACUGAGCUCUUUCAACUUCAAUUUUUCCUGCAGGGUUCUCCUCUCAAACGGGACCUGCUUUAUUGACAGCACAGAAUUCUCUGGUAAAUCUUCCUGGUUAGCAGUAGCCAUUCUCACGUCCUCUCUCAUCAGCAGCCAAGUGCAAAGAGCGAGGGGCGGACCGGCUCCGAGUAGAGCUAGAUCCGCUGGCUACGUGACACGCAUAUUGUAGCUAUGCGUCAGUUUGUGACCAAUCUGGUAAUGAACGUGCUUACGUCAGUUAAAGUUGGGACGCUGGGGCGCUGGUCCCUGGCGCCCAUUAGGGAUUUUUAUUAUGUGGCUAUGAUAAGCUAACUUUUUAAUGCAGAACUGUGAUCUGAGCAUGCGUGAGAGAGCAGAAAGCUUGGGCGCUGGCCCGUAGCACCAUUAUGUCUAUGCAUAGCACCCCUGACGCUAAUGCACAACUGUUAACUGAGCAUGCGUGAAACAACAGAGUCUUUCUGCCCCAGCGCUAGGUGGAGAGAUCGCUAAUGGACUGAAAUACACAUUUAAUGGAAUGAUUAAUAUAAUAGCACGAUUUCCUUAUUUUGAUAAUAAUUUUCAGGAAAACAGCAGACAUCUCUUUUUGCUCACGCAGCUCAAGCGGGGCUCCGCCAGCAGCGCCCUUAUAUACCGGCCACCACUGAUGCAAGCAGUAACCAUGACAAACUGUUACACUGCAGUUGUUAGGGCAGGUUUGUUUGACAAAAAAUACAGGCACUAAGUCUUAUUCAAAAAAAUGUAUUUAAUGUUACCACUAAUGGUUAUACUAACUUUUAGUGCUCUGACAUUGUUACAGAAACUCUUUGACUAUAUUUGGUGGUCCAGAUCCUCACUGGAGCUGUUGAAAUCUCCAAGUAUUUGGAUCAUAAGAAUCCGAAUAUAAAUUAAAGGUGGGGUAGGCAGGAGUCCGUUAAAGACGCAUCUUUUUUGUGGUGUAUAUACAAAAAAGCUUUUAAUAUCAGUCAAUAGCUAUUAGUCAUUGAUGACAUUUGGUAAAAUAACGAUAUUGCUGUGUUUUGUUAUGUCUGUGUAGUCAACAUUUUAAAUUUUUUGAGCAGCCCAUUCUUUCUGACUGUAAACAAAGCCAUUCGCUGCCUCCCCUAACCUGAUUGGUUGUGAGGCGGACUCUGCUCCUUAGUGCUGAUUGGUUGUGACGCAGAUGCUGCUCCCCAGAGUCGUUCACGAGCCCAAACAAAGUUAGCAUGCUACAAUAUUGGACAGUAGAAACCAACCAGAAAGUACGUAAAAUUGUCUGAAUCCUCCUUUGACCACGAUUAAUGACACCGCUAACAACAACAACAACGAUUGCAAAAUGAGCAACGAACAAGAGAAAACCACCGAAAAUGAAGAUUUGUUGCCAAAAAGAAAAGGAAAGUCAGUUAUCUGGAAUUAUUUCGGUUAAAAGAAGGAUGAUGUCGACCAAAACACGUGUUCUGUGUUCAUCUGUCGCCACAAUAACGCCCCACCACAAUAAAAGCUAAAAAUAUCUCUGAGACAGACAGAAGCCAUUAUAACAUUCACAAAAAGAGGCUUAUGAAAGGCUCAUAUGACCUACAUAUCAUUCAAAAAAUGUAAACACGAUAGGAAUGAACAAAUAAAUGAAUUCAUCUUGGAAAUGAAUUAGAAAUGUCUGGUGCAUGUUAAAAGCGCGUGUUGAACAGUGCUAUUUCAGGGUGAUAAUGGCAUCAAAGAUUUUUUUGCGCACUAUAUUUACGCAUUGAGACUGUCGGCAAUUUUCUGCCAGUAUUCCUUCUGUGCUUUUGCAGCGCCGACGGUGUUGCUUUUGAGGUUUACGAUAGAUUUGAAUUCUUCAUACUUUCUCAUGAUCGUCUCCUGCUCCUCGUUUGUAAAGUCUGCGGUCCUUCGCUCUCUGGCCUGCUCUGACGCUCCAGACUUGUCCAUGUUCGCGAUUGGGCAGAUGCGGCGGGCUCCGCCUUACAUGCAUGAACGCGCUCAUAGCAAAGCUGGAUCCACUUACGAGGUUGAUAACCAGCGUCGUAAGACCGUUUAGCGAGACCACUGGCUACCGCGCUAAGUUGAGCGAGGUAGUUCCAGGUAGAAAGCAAUAAUGUACCCUUUCUAACAUGAGAGCAUGUGUACUGUGAAGACACAACAAUCAGUUUUUUGCCUGUACUGUACCACUUUGACUAUGACAUCAACAAGCUGAUUUUCCAUUAGACUUGACUUUGUAGUUGUGAUGUGACUAACUAGAAGGGAAGGAGUCCCUCUCUGACUUUCUGGGGCAUUUCAGUUCACCAAAACAAGCUCUCUGUCAGCUGGGUCAGUGUUGUUACCAUUGACAUCCACUUUACACUCUGUGCACUCAUCUGGUUUCCAGCAGUGACCUAAUACCUAUGUGCAAACUAUCCAACUGUGGACCAGACUGGGCAGGCUAACAAGCCUCCCUGUCCUCCUCUCUGUGCUUUACAACCUAUCCUCCACCCAUCCCCCACCCACCCCCAUCACUCAGCCCUUCUUUUGACUUUACAGAGCUUUAUCAGUGAGAACAAAUUGUUAGGUUUGUCUUCAAAGUUUCCCGCCCUUCACAAGCCAAAGCUACACAGUGAGCAAAUUGGGCGGCCUGUAUGUGCAUGUUUGUGCAUGCUUGCUUGGUGCCUGUCCUCUUUGUGUUGGCUACCUUCUGUGUUUGCCUGGGAAACAUUUCCAGUCUUGAUGGAGAUGUGACAGGAGAAAUGUGCAUUAUUCAACAACUUGCCUGUUUUCUGUUACAUUAAAGAGAAACAAGAAAAAAAUACUAAUGCUGUUUCUGUAAUCGACUCGAAAGUCAUAGCUUUCUUAUUGGUGUCCUUUUAGGUUUUAGGUUUUAGUCUGCCACCAACUUUACUGCAGAUAAAGGUCUUUAUUAACUUUAGGGACCUAGGAAGUUAAUGAGCUUCUAUCAGCCAAAAGAGCAACUGCAAUAUAGUAAAAUAACAGAUCAGACUGUGGAAAACUAUUUUCAAUGUGUCAAUUUUUCUUUUAUUUUUGAUGCUAUGUUCCAAUGUAGAUGUCAGUAACCUGGCUAAUAGAGUUGACAAGUGGGUUUUCAGGACAACAACAGCGGUUCACCUCUAACUGUGGACCUGUCUCACUCUAACAUACACUACCCUGUGGUAGGCUAUAACCCUAACCCCAACCCAGUAUAGUAAGCAGUUGUUAUGCAAAAUAGAUUCCUGCUAGAGUGAGACUAGGCACCAGUGCAGAGCAGAGGGGUCUUGUCAACACAUUCUUUAAUUUGGCUCUCAACUAAAGACACAAACUAGUUAAAACCUAGUUUUUAUUGAUUUAAAUUAAUUUAUUCAUGCAAUUAAAAAGAUAGUACUGCACUUGGACAGUUAGUGGCUGAUGAGAAUGUUUUCAUCAGCUCACAUGUGGGGUCAAACUGACCCCACUCUCCAUUCCUCUUCUCUGUAACUCUUACCGCAGCAUUUUCUGCCUUAGCCAGUACAGUGUUACAUUUUGUGGUUGCUUUGUGUCUGUUAUCCUUACUUGGUAAAUAUCUCUUUCUCUCUGCUCUUUUUGUGUUUUGAUAGACUUCUGUGUUUCUCCAUCUCUUUUGUCUUCUUGUCUCUGCUGUUGAUUGGUCAGCCUUUGAUCACAAAUCUUUUUUCUGACAUUGUCAAUUAGAAGAGGUAAAAUAAUAGACUUUUUCAACAUGCUGUGCUUCUUUCCGCAGAUUAGUUUAAUAGCCCGUGUGUUCCAGACAUCAAACUUGCUAUCCAGAAUAAUAAUCAUUGUAAGGGGGUUUGACCAAUGAGAGUCAACUAUUUAACACAGCUAGGUUAGUAAAUAAGCCUGCUAAUAGGUCCAGGAUAGUCAUUGUUCUCUAUUACAUUUGACACCACUGUUAUUGCACAUAGAAGAUUCUGGCAAAAAAUAUAAUAAACAUUAACACCAAAGGCUUUUAUGUAUUACAUAUCACAAAGAUCAUGCUUUUAUUUACCUGAAUCUUUAGCAUGCUUUUUGUGGGAAAACUAGAUCUGAUGCUAAUAGAUGUCAGCAUCUCUUUUAUUUAAACAUGUUGAUGGAUAGACCUGGAAACCCCUCUUUCACUUACCAAGUUGAUCAACAGUGUUGUGUGACUACUUAGCAAGAUCACCAUUGCUCAGCUUGGUGAAGCCAAAUAAAGAAAAUAUUCCCUGGGUAAGUUAACAACGAAGUCGCUCAAUAGCACAGGCCUUGUGUCGGGGACAAUCAUGUGGAUAAGAUAUAGAUAAGACUGUCUGUCAAAAAUGAAUAGAGAUAAAGUAUUCUACAUAUCUAACUGUUAGCACAUGUGAAGGAGGGGAUUGAGGCAGCGCUCUAUCCCCCAUCAGAAACAAAGAAGUCAAACAGCAGACACUAGUGUUCCCAGAAUAGUUUCAAGAAUCCAGAACCUUGAUGACUAACUAAAUCCUUGCAUUUCCACCUCGAAACUCAGUUUUCUCUCACCUCUUUUAGCUCAUGUUACUAGCCCUGUUGACAUCGCUAUGGUGUCAGCUCGACCUGUCUGUAGUGUUAGCUGAGCCAGAGUUUGAACAUUUUUUCUUUUCCUGCUUUUGUUACUGGGGUGAUCUGCUUAGAGGCAGGAACCAGGAAAAAAAAGAAUGACUGAAUUUCCUGUAAGUGUAAUGACAAGUGGUUGGCAGAGACAACAGAGAAUAAUGGCAGGCUGUCCAUGACCCUGUUUAGUAAGGCUUUGUGGGCUUUUGUACAAGGUUUACCUUUGGAUGUUAAUGUUCUCCAUUGGCGAGCUUGCUGUUGUGUUGGUAGUCUCUUGACAGAGAGGUUAGGACAGACAAUGGGCUUCCUUUACCUCAUUAUGUGCACUUUUUCCUAAGGAUGAUAUCAACAGAUGAUCUGCAGAUGGAACUAACAAAGCAAAUACUGCACAAUAAACUCAAGCUUUUAUUUCUUAAAAAGUAAGAUCCAAAUUUUACUAGGCCACCCAAAGAAGCCAGGUUUUCCAGGCAUUUCCCAGCAUGAGACAUAUCCAGCAAAAUGAAUGGAUAACUGAGCAAAUAAAAAAAUAAAACCUCUCUAUAUCUAAAAAUAAUGAAGAUGAGAAAUGUGUUUUCAGUAAUAAAUCAUAAAAGUGUUCCGUUGUAGAUAAAAUCUUAGUUUUCUUGCAUUGUGAUGAGACUGUAGAAAAAAUAAACCAAAUCAGAGGAAAAGAGCACAAAUUCUUCAAUCGACAUUCAAAGGAACUGAACUCAAGUCAGGUUUAAUGAUUGUAGAAAGUUGGUUCAUCCGGAUUAAUGAUUGAGUGUUGACUUUUCCUUAACUUAAGAGUGAUCUACUUGUUCUUCUUUUCUCCUCCAGCCAAAGUUGUAUACCCACGGUCUGACAAUUUAUCCCUAUGUCAUCAAUUUAUUGGCUCAAAGACAACAACAACAACAACAACAACUGUAAUUGAGUUAUGGUCAUAAGAAUACUACUGUGAUCCUACAUCAACUUAAUGAACAGAUCCUGACCUUAAACCCAGAAAGUGUUUUUUACUUUCAUAGUCUUAAAUAUUAAGCACUGAAUAACAUUCAUUGAUUUGAUUCAGUUUUAGUCAAUAUGAAUUAACAUUUUCAAAUUGAUGGGUGUGCCAAUGUGUGAACAGUCUCUCUGUGUUAUUGUGUGACCGAAAGGAAAUGACUGAAAAAGAAAAAAGACUGUCUGCGACCCAGUGCUUGUCCAUGUAUUGAUGAUGAUUCACAAAGGUUGAUAACAUAGCACUGGACUGAUAAUAGAGGUCAGUUUUUGGAUAUGUUAAAGAAAGUUUUCAUUCUCCAUCAUUUCUUCCUGAAAGCCAACAUAUGGUUCCAAAUUGUUCAUGUCAUCAUCAACAAAAGCCUGUUUCUCAUUUCCAGAAACAGCUCAGACAAAGUUUGAUAGAGGCUCGUGGCAUACAAAAUGCAUACAUUUUAACUCACAUGCUCACGUUAACAUGCUAAUAAAAAUCCUUUCUUCUCUUCCAGUUCUGUGCAGCAGCUUUGGAACACAGUGCAUCAGCGGUUAGAGAGCUGGCAGUGCAUAUCAUUUUAUCCAUGUACCAGCAGCACAGAGCAGCUGUUCUCACCUACCUUCCAUCAAAUGACAGCGCAGCACGGAAGAACUUCCUGUACAAAACCCUCUUUGAUGGCUUCGCCAAGAUGGAUGGAAAGCUGGUGGAGACUCAGGCAAGGACUCUUUUUCUUUUAUUGCAAAAAAAUUCACAUAAAUAGUCUACAGAAUGUGUAUUUUUGGACAUAAAUAAGCAUCAAUUAUCACUCCUCUAAUUGUUAGCAUCAUACUGCUGCAUUAAGGGUUUCUCCACACCUAUGUUUUAUUCUUAUUUGUUGUCAGAAACUGAUAUCAUGAAUUAUGCAGCUGAUAGAUGGACUGACAGAUCAUCAGAAAGGGCAGACAAAAGCACACCCUUAAGCCAAAGAGGGUCUAGAUUUUUCGAGGGAACAGACUGGUGUAAUUUUUUUUUUCUUUUGAAGCUGAAGGUAACAGAGAGAAGGGUUAGAUUUUUUACUUUCCAUACACCUGCGUUACCUAUUUCCUGAGCCAAUGCCAUCACAGACUGUCUGAAUUUACAUAUCUGUUUAAAGCUUUUGAACCAAUCUUCACUUUUUUCUCUGUUGUGUUAAUUGAAAAGGUGUUUCAUGUCGUACAUAUUUUUAUGUCUAUAUUCGGCGAGUUUUUGUAUCUAAGUGGAUUCAGUCUUGAAAAAAAAUUUAAUCUCAAAGAACCAUGUGUAAAAUUAGCUCGAAACAGCAAGACUUGGCUCAAUUUAUCAUAGUAACAACACAAAUGUACCAAAGAAAGCCCUUGUUGUUCCCUCAUAAAACCAUGAAUACAUCAAAUGAGCAAGUCAUGUUCUAACAUGAUCAACUUUAAUGUACCGAAGAGCAUAUGAUUCACCCACUGACUGAGGUUAGUUUCUUACAGGCACAACUAGAAACCCAGUGUUUCCAUUACGUUAUGUAUGUGCUGCUAGAGAGUUCUCAGUUGUUGUGAAGUCUGGUCAUAUGCUCAUCUGCAAAAUUUACCCCCAAAAUGACCAUGCCAUGCCACUGCAGCCUCAAGGCUGUUGUUUAAAGGGUCAGGGCUUUACAGCCCUACUUCUUCAAAUGACAGAGGUAAUAGACCAAGUGCUGAUUAAAAAUCUAUGUUACUAAAUUGGUAUAAACUUAAACAAAGAAACAUAAAAUGGAAACACAGAAUAAUAUGAUAAUAUACUAAAUGUAAACGCAAGAAAAAAGAAUAGCCUUUGAAGUUUAUCCAUGUUGUUUUUUCCCAGACAUUGAAGAGGGGUGUUCAGCAGGAUGGACAAAAAGAGAAGGCAGAGAUCCACUCCCUUCAGGAGCAGCUGGCUGCCUUGAAAGAGAUCACAGUAGGUGGAGCAGUAAUUACGCUGUCAUUACAUCACUUAGUGUAACGGCCUCUAAUGUGCAUUUGUAACUGUGUUUUGACUCGGUGGAAUGUUUUCUCUCUUGGUCAAAAGGAACAGUUUCCAAUGCAUAUGAUAACGAUGGCAUACUAGUUACAGAGAGGAGUUGUGUAGAGUCUCCAUGUGUGAUAUCAUCUCUAAUUUUUGCAACUGUGUUGAGUGACAUGUACUCAUAUUUUCUGUGUCUCUGCGAAGGAGAGAGGGGAAGAAAGCACCAAAGAACAACUGCUCAAAAAAGACGCUACCAAAGUUGACAAAGGGUCCCACAAAGCUGGCAAAGGAAGUAUGUACAUAUUUGAGAAAAGUGUUGAUAAAUACAGCACACCCUCAACUCAUGAAGCUAUUCCUUAUAGGAUAAAAGUUCCUUGCUGAACCACUGGACUGAUUUGCCACAAAUUAUAAGUACUAUUUUUGUGUGUCCAACCAUCAUUUUUUAGACUUAAUUACAAUGUAUUCAGAUUUUUCAGUGGUUAGUUUUAAGUCUUGUGCAAUCACAUUUGCUUGUGUAAUUAUGGAGCUUCAGCUUUUAAAGUCUACAUCUAUGAAGCUUUGGGGCUCUAUUUUCGUGCCUCGCCGGCGACGCGGCGCAUGCGCGGCGUAAGUCAGGUCCGCCGCACCGACAAGGUGUUCCCAAGCACAAUUUGGUAUUUUGGUGAGCGGCGCAGCCCGGCGUAAGUAUCCCCCCUCCCUAACUCAACUCUUCCCAGCGGCGUAAGUCGUAGGGAGGGAGGAGAGACGGCGUGGAGUGGGUUUAACACAGCUGGGACAUGUUUUCACCAAUCACAUAAGCUCCUCUCCUAGCCUUUAAAUCCGCCACCAGCGAGGCAUAUUCCAAUUUUCUUGAAGUACUCAAAGAGAUCAAGAGAUGUCUGAAGACAGCAGUGCCACACGAUGGCGACAGAAGGCAGCCCCUCAACAAGUGUCGUUGUAAACGCUGCAGAGGGCGUCCUCCACACUCUCUCAUAUGAGCACAGAUGGAUUUGGUGUGUGUAAUGUUGGACCCACUAGUAAGACAAACACCCUUUUCCACAAAUAAAGACACUCACAUAAACCCAAAAAAUGGCAUCAAUAUCGGAACCAUCUGUGCGUAAUGACGCAUCACGCUCUGUGGCCUGGCUCUUUCUUCCAUAGAUGUUGGCAUAUAAAAUGAAUUUGGCUCACAAAAUGGAAUAUUGUAAUAUUCAUAUGUAGGCUUAAAGUAAAUAACUCAUCUGAUCACUGAACUAAAUCAUCUGUUCAGCCGCUGCUGCAGCAGCAGCUGCAGCAGGAUGGGGAGAGGACACAGAGACAUGUCCAGGUCAAGCUGUGCGAGAAAUAAAAGGAAGAAAGAAAAGGAGGGAGACGAAUUUCAUAUCUUGUUAACUUCAUCGUGUGUGUCUAUUUACUAGAUAUUUAAUUUAAUUUAAUGUGGUUUCAGCUGUGUUAAUUCGGUCAGGUUGUGUGUCUAAACGUGUGCCAAACACGCUAAUCAGAUCAGAUAAAGAUCAGAUCUAAAUGUAUGUGCUGACUCAGAUUAUUAGUUGUUGUUGAUUAUUUAUUGGACUGAAAUGUGCCUGACACUGUAAAAACCUGCCGGUGAGGCAUUAGUGAUGUAUGCCGAUAUGCCACCGGUUUACCAAAAUACCACUAGACCAGCUGCACUCCGCCUGCACUGAAAGCUGACCAGGUUUGAAUCGGUGAGCUUUCAGCGCACUUUACACGCCGGCGGUGAGCACGAAAAUGUCACUGCCCCAACUGAUUCUGUCGACACCUCCCCCUGCCACGCCACCACGCCCAGCUUGGCAGACCUUGAUGCGCCUCAGUCCACGAAAAUACCAAACUGGCUGUAGGCCGGGUUCCGCCAGAGGAAUAUUCCACUGUGCGGGGUCUGCCACCCUCUGCCCCGGUGGACAUGAAAAUAGAGCCCUUGUUGUCUGUAUGUUGUGCCCCACAACUCUGCAUAUGUUUAAUACAUAUCAACAUAUAGUUUAAUUUCUUGAAAGUCUUCAUUACGUCUUUCUGUUACAAUGAUUUUAUCUUGAAAGAAUGGCCUUCAAGUAGUGCAGUCAUAAAAAGUGACAGAUUCUGAUUUCUUUACUUUCAGCUGCCUCAAAAGUGCCCCCGAGCACAGUGACAGAAAGUACAGAUGUUCAACAAUCCAUCAACUAUUUGGACAAGUAAGAGACUCGUGACUAAGCCAAGAAUUUUUAAGGAUUGACUGCAAUCAAUAGAUACAAAUAAAGGAUGCAUCAGCAGCCCCGUGUUCAUUAACCCCAGUGUUUAAUUUCCUUCGCACCUCUCUCUCCAGCUCCAUUGCAAUCUUACCUUGUUAUCUUUUUAUGCCACAGUGUCCUUGUACUUGGCAAAUUCUGAAAAAUUUGGAAAGAAUAUGAACUGAUCCUGGGUCUGAUUUGAUCUUUCAGCUUGUGUAUAUUCUGUGGUAAAAAGGAUGAGUCAUUCACCGAGGAUGGAUUGGACCUUCACUACUGGAAGCAUUGCCCUAUGCUGAGACGCUGUGAUGAAUGUAGACAGGUAGACAUAAUAUUUGGGUGUAGGCAUGAUUAAAACCCUCGUGAGAGAAAAAUAACAUCUACUAAGCAGUUUAAUGGCCAUGAUAUCUGUACAUCUCUGCAUUGUUUUCUCAGGUUGUUGAAAUAGCUAGCCUGACAGAGCACCUACUGGGUGAAUGUGAAAGCAGAUCCAAGUUUAGUCAGUGUCCACGUUGCUCUGAGGCUGUGGCCACUGAGGAUCUUACCCGCCAUGUCCAAGGUCCUGCCUGCAACCGUGAGUAUAUAUGUGUUGUAUAUCAUAAAAUGUAGUCAUUUUUGGUUUUGAUAAACCUAAUGCAAUGUUAUCAGUGUGCUUAUUAACAAUGUCGUUUGGUGGCAAUGUUAUAAAUGCAUAGGACCACCCAUUUGACCAAAAUAUGAGGUCAGCUAUUUAUCGAGGUAAGAUGACCUCAAUCUUGUUCAUGGCUCCUCAGUAUGUUUAGAGAUCCAGCAGGGACAGAGAGGUCAGAAGAGUUAUGUUCUUAUCUCUUAUUUGAACUGUGUUCAAAUACUAUGAGAGACAAAAGCCCCUUUCUCAGUCCGUGUACAUCGUCAUAGAACAAGAUGGCAUUUCCCUCAACAGCUUCCUCACAUUUUUCAAGUUUUGCUUAUUGUUGCAGUUUUGGGACACAGAUCAGAAAUAUUAUUUAAACCAGUGUAAAAUAUAAGUAUGACUUUGACAAAAUGUUCAUUUCUCUUUGCUUACUCCAGCUUACUGUUUGUAUUGAAUAUAAAACUAUGAUGUUGAAAUGCAUGGAGUCCUAUAAAUGUCCCCCUCAUUUUAAAGAACAUAAUUUACUUAGACAAGUAUGAAUCAACAUAAGUCUUUUGUUCUUAAAAGCUACAGAUAAUGUCAGGCAAAUCAGGACCAUAUGUAGUCCAGGGUUGCCCUAUGAGUUACACUGUGGCCUACAAGUAGGCUGUGUUUUGUAGAGAAUGAAAACUUUUCUUUUAAUAUCAGUACUUUAGGUAUUUGACCUUAGAAGCUUUAGAGACAAAGGGGUGAUAAUUAAGAUAUAGGAAGGCACAAUGAGUGCAAAGCAGCUACACUCUGUUUUAUGUUAUGAAGGUCAUCAACAGACCCUCUUGCUUGCGUGGAUUCUCUAGACUUAACUUGCUUUGUCCGUGUAUCUGAAAUUAAACACAGCAGCUGACUGGAUUUUGUAUUUUAAGCUUGUAGUCAACCUGACUUAACCCUGAGCAAAUCAGUGGGAAAUGUUUGAGUUUGGAAAUGCAAAUGACACCUGCAUUAAUGGGACCUUUAAGCAUCUUAUUAAACCUAGCUGUAUAAAGUUUCAGCAAGGGACCUCUGUGUUUUUGGGUGUGUUUUUGUAUAGAUAACAAAAACUCUCUGUUUCAGUCAUGCAACAUUACAAGAAUUCAGCUUUCUUCUUUAUCUAAAAUCAAUAAAUAAAGUUAAAGGUUGUAUCUAAUGAAUUUUGCUUCCUGAUACGCAACAAUUUUUGUUCUUGCUGCAAAUGAAUCUCACAUGUAUGAAAAAAAGUAAUGUUUGUAUUUGUAUUUGUAUUUACAUGUUGUAUUUUAUUUUAACAUGGCAAAAAAACAACAAUACGGGACAUUCCUUGACAACAUCACAGAAAAUAUAUAACACUAUGAGGAAAAAAAAACAAAAACAAAUAGACAGUAAAAAAAAACACAAUAGGGCCUGACAAAUAAUGCAGUAGGUGGAGAGUUGAGACAUUAUAGCACAGUGUGGGGUUCCCUUUGUUAAGGAGAAAUGUUGCUAUGGGUAGUCAUCUCUUCUUAAAGAUAUCAGACCAUAAUUGCAAUUGAGCAGUUCAAGCCUCCAUUCAUACACCUACCUCAGCUUCUGUUUCCACUGUGCCUAUGUAGGUGGCUCUGAAUUCAUCCAUUUUAUUGUCACCAUUUUCUUAGCAGUCAUCAAGAGUAUAUGGAACGGGUACUUUUUUUUCCCUGGUGUACUUGUCUCUAGGUGUUUGAUGGAGAAGAAACUGACUUGGGGUGAAGAGUAAAUCAAUUCCCUGAAUUUAAUCGAUCUCACUCUUUACCCCUUUUCCAGAAAGGGAGCAACAUUGAACAAUCCCAAAAUAUGUGCGCGUCGUCACCAACCAUUCUACAUUCCUUGUUGGCCUUUUUUAAAUACAUUUAUUUAUUUAUUUAUUUAUUUUAGACAAGAUGAUCAAAAAGGCCACCUCUGUCAUUGGUGUUGAGCUGGACUCUGUGGUGUCAGCGGCUGACAGGAAAACUCUCUCUAAACUGCUCUGAAUCUGAAUCUAUCUAUCUAUCUAUCUAUCUAUCUAUCUAUCUAUCUAUCUAUCUAUCUAUCUAUCUAUCUAUCUAUCUAUCUAUCUAUCUAUCUAUCUAUCUAUCUAUCUAUCUAUCUAUCUAUCUAUCUAUCUAUCUAUCUAUCUAUCUAUCUAUCUAUCUAUCUAUCUAUCUAUCUAUCUAUCUAUCUAUCUAUCUAUCUAAGGUCUUCUGCUGCUGUCCUAAACCCCCAUUUUAAAAUGUCCAUAUAGAUGACCACACUUGAACAACCAAAGUAGUAAGGACAUAAGGAUAAGAGGGAACUGUUCAUCUUCCCCUGCAAAAUUUAUGAUAACAUUUUCUGUUCAUAUACGAUAAAUUACUAAAUUAGCUGUUUUGGGUUUUGUUAAAUUUUAGAAGGGUUUUUUUCAUUCAGUUCUGUUGAAGUGUACUACACUUGCUCACUUAAAUAAAGAGGUUUACUGUACCAGGACUUACACUACAUCUGGGUCACUAGCCAUGUGUCCCCAUGCAUAAUUAACAUCAGCGAGCCUUUUCCAGAACCAUAAACUGAGGACUUCUUUUUCUUAUCACUGUCAGCACAAAAUGAGUUCACAUUUCAAUUGUGACUUAGAUGAGAUGCUGUUGACCCUAUGUUAUGUAUUUUGAAAGGUAUGAUUUUCUGUUCUCAGCUCUGAAGUGCUCUCUCCUGUAAUUGUAUGUAACAGGUGGCUUAAAGGUUUCAUGUUUCUAUUUCAGCCCCCAUUUCUGGUAAAGGUUCCAACCACUGUCCCUUGUGUCACAACAACUUCCUGCCUGGUGAGGAGGUAAGGCUCUAUACGUGCACACUCCAACCCAUACGUUCCUGUGAAACAAUAGCAAGUUUGAAGGGGGUUUUAGUUUUGUUGCCCACAUGUCGAGCAACAAAAGCUGCAAAGUGGAACAUGUAUUUCCCCUCUAUUGCUCAAUUUUCACUGGGUUUUGCUAAAGAUUUCUUCCUUUGAUUUUAUUAAAGCGUGUUAAAAAACAAUUGUUGAAGGUUGUUGGAUUAUAAUUUUAUUUAAAAAAAAGAGGACACAAAGAUGGUUUUAUAGAGCUGCUUUCUGUUUUACAAAAUGGCUCAGUGAAUUAAAGGACAGAAAUAAAGAUGCUGAUGUCUAAAAUGUUUUUAAAUUAAAAUAAAUCCCUAACUCAAUUAGCCCUUUCUCAUUUCACUCUUCCAGAUCAACACAGAAACAAAAGAACAUCUUGUGUUAGGCUAAUGUUGGGCUUGAGGACCAAACAGGUGUUGAGGUGAAACACUGCUAUUGUUGGUUGUAAAAGACUUCAAAAAGAAAAGCCUUUGUUGUUAACAGCUAGUUCAUUCAUUUCAGCAUCAAGCAAACGGCAUCCCAGUCUUCCCAUUCUUUAGUUUAAUGAAUAGUGAAAACAAAAAGUCUUUUAUUGAAAUAAACUUCUCUGAAUCUAAUCUGUAAGGCACAUUUGCUUUAAUGUACUUUUGGUGGUCAUGUGGUUUUUCCACUGCUGAAAAGGGUAAUUCCUCUCACUCGUUUAUCCGAUGUUUGUGUGAUAGAGAAGUUUAAAUGAAACUGCAGGGAACAAGAUAACCAAGCCCACUCAGCUAUGUACUGUCAGUAUCAUCUUUCACUUGUCUCCUGUCAUUCUGGAGCCUAAUAAAUCAUGCAACCUGUCUUUAAAAGGCUACAAGAGUUCCAAGAAUCAGUCUGACUGGUGACUGUCCUGGUCCUGCAUGUUCCAGUUUCUAGUAGCACUUGGAUUUUCCGUAGUGGGCGGAGACAGAGCUGCUCUACGUACUCUUCUUCACACCAGCUUGUAGCCUAUCAUUGCCUGUGCAGAAGCACAGUGGCAAAGAAGUGGCAUAGGAGCUAUUCAUCUCUUGGACACUAAUUUCUUGGGGGGGGGGGGGGGGGGGGGCAUGAUGAAGAGUUUGGCCUUCACAUGAUUUUCAUCGGAGUGGGUCUUCAAGGGUUAAAUUAACAAAAUUUGAUCAGAUUCCUCCUGACUGUUAAUGAAGUUGGUUGGAGUACAUUUAUAAUAUGCCAUAGUACUGUGCCAAUCAGAAAUGUCAGUCUCUUUGUCAACACUGUGGCUUGUCUCAGAAAGAAAAGGCAUGACAUUUCUACAUGAUGGUGAUACAGUUUCAGUCUUCUACCAUUUUCAUAUGUUCACACUUGCUAAGCUCUUUGUGUCCAGGUAGGGUAAAAUGUGGCAGACAUCAAGAUUAUACCCUAAUAUAGAGUGACAAUAAUUGUACAACCUUGACUGCAGCUCCCUUGUCAGCUCUUCAAGAUAUUAGUAGUACUGUUCAGUCUCUUACCUCAUACACCUUAAAAACUCAACAACAACAACAACAAAAAAAACAUUUUUUGAAAAAGUCACAUACUCACUGUCAGUGCCCUGAGACCCAAUGAAUGACUGCAGUGUUAUUGGGGGUGAAGGCAACCAUAUAGUCCCUGACUGGGCCCACAGUCAACCUCAGUGGCCCGGAUUGAGAAAGUAGUGGGGUGAAAAAAUGGCCUCACUGAGCUACUUUGUCCCUGUUCCAGGCCUGGAAGACUCACCUCAUGGGCAGGGAGGGCUGUAAACAAAACUCACGCAGAACUGCGGUGUCCCAGAGAACCCAGCCAGCACAAGGUAAGGCAUUCAUACACCCCCCGCUUACAGCCACCUCCCCAACGCUCAGUGUGAGAGUUGCACAAAGUGCCCAUGCUUGUUGGUUAAAAUUCAUGUUGCAGCUUUUCCACUAUGGCUUCCUGCCUCAGAGAACACGAUGAGAGGCACAUAAAAAUAGUGACAGAUUUGGAGUCCAGCAGAGUGUGUGUUUAUGUAUCCAUUCUGAGUGAUAUUUCACAACCCUGAUAGUAUUUAGGUAUAAUAUGACAAAAACUCUCUGUUUCAGUCCUGCAACAUCACAUGAAUUUCCUGUUUUCAAGUAAGCUUGUAUUUGUUAUGGUGCUCGUGAUUUGUUAAAGGGCGCCCCUCAGGACUUUACCAUAUUAAUGCUGGAGUGACCCACAAGCGAGGACAAUCCAAAUUUAUCAUUGCAUGAUUUAUCACCACCAACUCUUGUGACUUUGCACAAAUAAAUGUGCCUAAUUUGGGGGUUUCCAUGUGUCUGUCCGUCCCAUUUUUGAGCUUUUUAUUCUAAAACAUUGUUAUGAAUUUUGUUUUAGUUUGGCACAAACCUCUUCUUAGACUCAAGGCUUUCCUGUGAUCUGACCCAUUAUAAGACAGGCUUUAUAGAGGAAUGCCUCAUUAGAUUUUAAUCACAUCAGGCUCAAACAUCCACUCGUGCUUGGGUUUGUAAAAACUGGGUUUAGUAACGUAUCAAGAAUUUUCUCUCUUUCUUUCUGUCUUUUUUUUAAAUUAACUUUUGAUUGGUUUUUGAUUUUUCUGAGAGUAACCUCUGAAAUCAUGUUUGCUGUCCCCAGUUGUUGACCCAUCUCUCACUUUGGACCCAACUCUGAAAAGUUGUACUGUCAAAACAAUGAUGCCAACGCCACAUGCAUAUAGAGCAUAAUGACAAGAAUGGUGGUCAAAUUCUGCAGGACUUUAAUCUUGGGAUUAAAUAAAGCAAGUUUGUAGAUAGUUGGUCAGUCCCAGGUUAUUUUUGAAGCAUGAAUGUGUUAACCUUCCAUUAAAAGAGGACCACUGGGUGCCGUAAUUCCCCUGGGACACACAGUUCCUGAAGGAAAGAAAUUUAUAAGCAGUCCUAUCAUCCAGUGAAAGCUUUGCUUUGCUGCAGCUAACAGGUCAGCUGUCUAAAGGCCAAAUGGCUCACAUAAUUUUGAGGGUUUUUCCCACGGAAAUAGUAAAGCACAAAGACAAGCCUGUGGGAGUUUGUCACAUUUUAACUCCAGAUUGAUCUGGUUAGUGAACAAAUACAUCACAGUUAUUGCAAUAUGGCUUUGAGCUCACUUCCACUGGGUUAGUCCAUGCAGAUUUACUCCCUUCUAUUUCCCUAGAAAAAAAGACAGAGAAGAGUAUGCAGAGAGAUGCCUACAGAGGACAAGAAAGGCAGGGCCAGGGUGAGAAGGCUGUUUGGGCUUUUAGUUCAACUGACAAAUUAGGCUGUGUAUAUCUACCUCCCCCUCCUCUCCAAUCAGGGCUUAGGGGGAGAGGAGAGAGAAGAGUAACAAAACCGAACAGGGAACAGAAUAACUAUUCACAGUUUACUCUUUCUGUUGUUUUGCUCUCAACUGACAUUUUCUCUCCUCAUCCAGAUCCACUGACUAUCUCCUGUAGGACAAGUUUUUCUCCCAAGUCUAUCUUCAUCUCUCAAUUAUUAGCACCCUUAGGUGGCCUGACUCUUGCCAACCUAAAAACCUGUCUCUUUAACAUUUUUAUUAUCUGAAAGGCUGCAUUUACUGAUGGCAUCCCGACCUGGUUGAUGUGUAGCUGCUAUGUUAACUAGCCUCUGCAUAUCUUCCUAAAACAAUGAAUACUUCCUCCAAUGCAAACUACUUUUGAUGUAUGAUAAUAGGAUGUUCUGUCUGUCAGAAAAGUGGCCUGUGGCAAAAUCUCUUUUGGUUCUAUCUUUGCUCAUGUGCACACUGAAGUGAAAGUUUAAAUGCAGGAUAAGAAUUUUUACUUGUAAUGCAGAAUUCAAAGAAUCUGAUUCUCUCUCUGAGAAGGAACAGACCUCUUUUGGUGAUUUUUAAAUUUUUUCUGCUUCCUGAAGUUGGCUGAAACAGGUAAACACUCACUAGAGAUUAAAUUUCGUAUGAUGCGUGUGCAACUCGAGUCAUGCAAGCUGCUUUGUUUAGCUGUAAAUACUCUAUACAGAAACGGCCUUUGUUCGUGUUCCCUCUAUAGUUUGGGUCUGACAAAGGUUUACUGAAAGGAUCUCAUUUUGUGCACAUUUGUUUUUGUGUGUGCAGGGCGAGCUGUUGGUGGAACUAAGAUGAAACCAGCAUGGUCAGUUGGGGCCAGACGCAGGCCCAUGGGCAGGGGUAGCCGGAUCCCAGCCCUGGCACCCCUAGUCAGAGGACAUUCUCCAGAGAAGACCCCAUCCUCUAACCAUAGAGGAGGGACCUAA